AUGACAGAAGGGAACACCGUGCCUGAAGGUGAGCCAGCAGGUAACACCGAACUGCCCGCCCAGGACGGAGCUAUGCCCGAGGAGGAGAAGAAGGAGAACGGGGACAGCAAAAUGAGUCCCCCGGAGAAAGCAGCGGCUGCAGAGGCAGAUGAGGUCGGCUUCGUGCACCCUGAGGGCGGCUGGGGGUGGCUGGUUAUGCUGUCCGCCAUGUGGUGUAACGGCGCCGUAUUCGGGAUCCAGAACGCCUUCGGGAUCCUGUUUCUGUCCCUGCUCCGGGAGUUCGGCUCUGAGGAUGACGACGACCUCCGCUUCAGGACAGGUGAGUCAGGACAAGGACCCUCCGCAGAUCACACCCGACUGCGGCUGUGCGCGGGAUUGUCCCGGAGAAGUCCAGCAACUAACAGUGAUGACCACAACGCUAUCCCAGCGAUCUAUAUUUCAUAUACCGUUUUUUUAAGAAGGUCCGAAAAAUGAGAUCAUGACUGAAAGUUUCCUUGACAAUAAUUGUAGCCUGUCUCGGAAACGUUCACGGUCACUUCCUUUCUGACAGACGCUCAAAACGGUUAACGGUUUGACUCUGACCAGUGAUCCUGUAACGACAAACAUCUCCUCUGUGUUUUCCUUUUUAGCUCAUUUUCUGCAUUUUACCCCCAACACCAGUUAUCUUAAAGUCAACCCUUUAGUCAGCUGUUCGUAUGGUUAACUUAGCUAACUCUGACCACGUAACGUGAGCUGUGGCUUCCUGUGGAGAGACUGCUCUGAGAGAAAGCAGCUGUGAUCAACCCUGACAGUCUGCAGCUUCAAUGUUCAGGUAUUUGUGGUGAUGCUGAUAUUUGUAGCUACCAGGAACUUAGUGAAACUUUUCUCUCCAAGUUUGUAGUUCCUGCAUAAGAACAGUAACCUCCCCAACACUUCUUUAAACAGGAAAUCAUAGUUUCACUCACACUGUUUCACUUUCCUCCUUAAUAUUACAGAGAUCAGAGACAGUGAGGGAGAAGAAAAUGAGAAUUUAGGAAAGACAGUUACAGAAUGUCAAGAAUAUAAUCCCAAAAGGUAUUCCUUGAAUAUAUCCAUGCACUGCAAAAAAGGGGCUUUAAAAACAAGAUAAAAACACUAAGUCUGAGGGAAAGGGUACUAAAAACAAGUGACAUUAGCUGUCCAUGCAGCAAGAUAAUUUCACUUGACAAGAUUUCUUGAAUUACGAUUGUUAAAUCUAGAAAUAACCAUGUCUACAAAUGUAUUUGGAAGGCUUAAAGCAAGCCAAAAAUGCUGGUUUAAGAUCAGAUUACUUAAAAUUUAACUUUUACAGCCCCCCAAAUAAGUUAAAUAUACUUAAUAUAAGCAUUAAAUAUGUAUAAAAUGCUGGUUUUGAGACCAGAUUACCAGAAAUUUAACUUUUACAGCCCUAAAGUAAGUGCAAUGUACUCACUAUAAGUAAACUGUAAGGUAAGGAGAAAAUGCUGGUUUUAAGAUGAGAUAACUUUAAAAGUAACUUUUUUUUACAGCCUCAAAAUAAGUAAAAUAUACUAAGAUAUGCAAUUCCAUAUUUUGUUUUCUUACUUCUAGAAAAUUAAGCUGAAGGUAAGUUAAACAAAGUAUAGAAAUUGAGUGGAAAAAAUACCCAGUAUUAGUGAAGAAUGACUAAACACUGUCUCAAUCCAAGCAGGCUUAUCUUGAAAAAAAAAAAGGCUUACUUAUUCUUAAAACAAGAUUCCUUUUGAUGAGACUAUAACUUACUUAAACAGCUAUUUUUCUCAUUUUAAGAUUUCCUGCCUAUUUGAGACAAAAAGAUGUGUGCUUUUUUGUGUGUGCUCGAUAUAAGAUUAAAGUGUAAAGUUAAACACCUAAAGUAAGAAAUUAAGUCUUAAAACAAGAUAAAUUAUCGAACACUUCUAAAUCUUAGUUUUUUUUUUGGUAAGAACCAAAUAAUUUGCAGUGUGGGAAAAUAUCUUAGCAGGUUUAAGUCAUAACAGGAGACUAAAAUUUCACUGUAAUAAGGACAGUUGUACUGUUGUGUGUAAGCAGGUUUCCACAAGUUUAAAAAACGGACCCUUAAUGAAAAAAAAAUCUGAUAAGGUAUAAGAUAAAUCAAAGUCAUCUGAUAAAAACUGAGAUCAAUGUAAUAAAUGUGAGAUUAAAAGCCCAACAUAUGAGAUAAAAGUUUAUAACUACCAGAAAGUUGGUUAUAAGUGUAAUGUCCACAGGGACAUUAAAGUUCGUCUCUGAACAUCUGCAGAGAAGGUGCUUAGAGCUGCUGUGUGUAGAGGCUGCUUUGAAGGAAGUGGGUCACUGUGGUAGGGGGUCACUGUAGCCCUCAAAGACAGUAGCCCUGUAACAUCUCUAACCUACCACCCUCCCCCAUGGACCUGAUGUCUUUUGGCCCCCUUUUCUUUAUGAGUGCUGCCUCCCUCUUGAAGUGAGACUACAACAAAUGGACUACAUGAAUGUUUGGAAAAGGGGGCUGACAAAUGGACUCAAAGCUGACUUUUACUACCUCAACUGUGGGUUUACAUUGCUGUCUCUGUUUUCAAAAACUAAAGAAAAAAGCAUCUCCAGUGAUCUGUGAAUAAAAUAACAAAAUAUAUGAUUUGAGUCCAGUGGGAAGCUGUCUUAUUAUGAUUUGUAUUUUCAAAAGAAACACACUGUUUACAAACUUGAGUUGUAGUAUAGUAAACCAGAACUGCACUCACAUCUAUGCUGACUAAUGUCAUUCAGACAAACAUGAGACAGAGGGUAAUGUUACAAACCAGCUUGAGACACUGGACAACACUGGACACCAACAGGCAGAAAAACAGAUGUCCCUCUGUAGAUUGUUUAGAUGUGAUGUGUCUGAAAAGUCAGACUCUUGAGUUUUCACGCUUGAGACUCUAUCGUUGUUGUUAUUUUGACCAACCCCAAUUAAGUUAAUUACACAACUAUGUGACGUAUCUUUGCAGCUUAUUGUUAUAUUGUCUAAUGCUCAAAAUAACAACUUGAGUCAUUCAGUUUGUAAAGACAAAAACUUUGAGGUGCAAAUGUCCUUUUUUGGGUGCAUAUGUUACAGCUUGUUGUAUACAGGCAAGGAUGUAGUUUUUUUUUUAAACUGUAGCAUAAUAUCCAAAGGAGGGAAAAAAAAUCUUGUAGGGGUUUCUGGGCUUGUUGGUGCUGGUUUAGUGCUGAUUGGUGUCUGAAGCAGUUGGUUAGUGUUGGUUGGUGUUUUUAGCUGUUGGCUAGUUUUGCUGUGACUUGGUUGGUGUUGAUCAUAGUUGUUUGUUGUUUUUCUCUGCUGCUAUUUGGUGUUGGUUAGAUUGGUUUGGUGUAGUUCCUAGUUGGUUGGUCUUUUCAGAUCUUUUGGUUUGUCUUUGGUGUUUGUAAGAGUCAGUUCAUGUUGUUUUGUGUUUGUAGGUGUCAGUUAAUGUUGGUUGGCAUUGGUUGAUGUUGGUUGGUGUUUGUAGGUGUCAGUUUACGUUGUUUGGCAUUGGUUGAUGUUGGUUGGUGUCAUUUUGUGUUUGUAGGUGUCAGUUUAUGUUGGUUGGCAUUGGUUGAUGUUUUUUUUAUGUUUGUAGGUGUCAUCUUAUGUUGGUUGGCAUUGGUUGAUAUUAGUUUGUUUUUGCAGGUGUAAUUUUAUUUUGGUUGGCCUUGGUUAGUGUUGGUUGGUGUUUGCCUGUGUCCGUUUAUGUUGGUUGGCAUUGGUUGAUGUUGAUUAGUGUUUGCAGAUGUCAGUUUAUGUUGUUUGGCAUUGGUUGAUGUUUACUGGUGUUUGCAGGUUUCAGUUUAUGUUGUUUGGCAUUGGUUGAUGUUGGUUGGUGUCGUUUUGUCUUUGUAGGUGUCAGUUUAUGUUGGUUGGCAAUGGUUGAUGUUGGUUGGUGUUUGUAGGUGUCAGUUUAUGUUGUUUGGCAUUGGUUGAUGUUGGUUGGUGUCGUUUUGUGUUUGUAGGUGUCAGUUUAUGUUGGUUGGCAUUGGUUGGUGUUGGUUGGUGUUUGUAGGUGUUUGUAGGUGUCAGUUUAUGUUGGUUGGCAUUGGUUGAUGUUUGUUGGUGUUUGCAGGUGUCAGUUUAUGUUGUUUGGCAUUGGUGGAUGUUGGUUGGUGUCGUUUUGUGUUUGUAGGUGUCAGUUUAUGUUGAUUGGCAUUGGUUGGUGUUGGUUGGUGUUUGUAGGUGUCAGUUUAUGUUGGUUGGCAUUGGUUGGUGUUGGUUGGUGUUUGCAGUUGUCAGUUCAUGUUGGUUGGCAUUGGUUGAUGGUUUUUUAUGUUUGUAGGUGUCAGCUUAUGUUGUUUGACAUUGGUUGGUGUUGGUAAGUGUUGUUUGGUAUUUGUCAAUGUUGUUUGUUGAUUGGGGUUGGCUGGUGUUUGUAAGUGUUUGUAUGUUUUGUUGAUGUUGUUUGGUGUUGCUUAGUUUAUAGCAGGACACUCUGUGCUUGUGGAGUUGGUUCAGGUUCAGAGUAUUAUGAAAGGACUCAUCGCUUUUCAAACCUUUGAACCAGCCUGCUGUGGAAAUAGUUUAGAGUCAACAGAGGUGGUCCCCUGCCCUGACCGUCAGAAGACUUUUAGUUAGUUGCCACUUUUUUUCAGCAAUUUCCUGCACACCCAUGUUCCUCCAUUAGCCGGAACUCUUUAUUUGAUCUUCUGUCUCCUUAGUUCUCUGUUCAUCCUUUGAGUUUGAUCCUCAGCAGCUUUGUUAAUUUUCUUCCUAAACAUUUUAUGGCAUAAAACCCAGGUUACUUUCUCAAUGUUGUUGCUGUUGUAAAGAUGGCCACAUGUGUUAGUGAGUGACAUGAAUGGUUUAGCUGUCAGAUUGAACACUCGUAAAGAGCUCUUCAUGUCACACUCUCCUUUGGGACUGAGUACCCUGAAGGGUCUGAUCCUAAAAUCCCCCAGGUGUCAUACAAUCUAACUAGUCUGCUGUCCCUGUCUCAGUCCACAAGCUCUAAGUGAGAAUAAGAAUAUGUGCUCCUCCACCACAACAGGUGGCGAUAUCCCCCCUUUGAGCUCUUUACUAUCAGAUCUUCUUCAGGUUGACCUUUUACAUCACAAACCAAAACAUUAAAUAAACAACUUGACAAGAGGCUGGCUGAUUUUAGUCUAACAGUAAAAAAUAUGUGAACAACUUCACGUUCUCUACCUCUUGUUGUUUGUUAUGUCUCUUUUUCUUCUUCUGUUGAGGUUUUUGUUCACAACCUCAUUUCUUUCACUGUAUUCAUGCUGUUUGGCCUCUGGGUCUCAGCUCAAAGUGCAAAUUGUGGAGCAUGCCUAGUAUGCAGAGGUCAGUUUGAGUCUGAUUAAGGCAUAUAUAUGCAAGAGAAAUUCCAGCAGCUACUAUCUCCUUAGUUUUGUUCCUCUGACCUCCAGAAAAAUGACUCAGUAUGUUUUCAGUCAGACUAACAUGUAAAUAUAUUUUCAAGUCCUGUUUCAGUUGAACCAGUAUGUUUAAAUCAUUCAGGGCCCCUGCCAUCUCUCUGGUCUGAAUACAUCAACCCCAGGAUAAAGGUGGAGAGUUCAAGUUCAGGACUAAAAGAGAAUUUCAUCUGCACUUUAAUAAACCAAACUUUUGGUAUGCUUCACAAGUCACCAUGCAGUGGUGGUUUUAUGCUCUUGGGGUAAAUCUUAUUUUACCUAGGGCUUAAAAGGUUUAUAUGUAUUUUAAAAGUCAACUUUUAGUCAGACUAACAUUAUAGAUCAACAUUUUUAAUAUCAUAUACAGUGAUUCUUUCCUCUGCAUCAGCAGUGUUUCUGAGUCUGAUGCAAGCAUAGCACUACCGUCAGCACUGUGAGAUGCUCACACUGAAGGACGAAUAUUAUAGAGCGGUAAUAACUCUGCUAUACGUGACAGUCUGAAAAGAUUUAUUGUAGAAAAAGCUGUAGUCUCAUGUAGUUCUCACCUAACAUGUUGCCUGAGCUGCUCCCUGCACAGACCCCUGUCACCCCGCUGCAAGCGACACAGCUUCCUGUUUUGUUUCUCUGGUGCACAUGCACAUGUAUGUGCACGCUGGUGACAAGAUAUGAAUCUCCCCUGAAGGCUUCAGUGUGUUUUACUGACAAACACAGUGAUUAAACGCCAACUAGUGCUGCAAUCUUCAAACAAACUGUGAGCAAACUUCAGGUGGAUGUGGAUGUGGAUGCAGACGGUGUUUUGUGACUGAGAGCGAGUGUAAACAAAUCUGAAACUGUUUUUGUUCAUGAGAAAACUCCACAGAGAGAACCUGCUCCAGGAGAGUUCGAGUCAUUGUGUCGCAACUCAUCUUCCUCCUCUUCUGUCGUGUGCAGUUUUUAGCCACUCUCUGACACUCUGUAAAACUCAACACGUGUUCUCUGAGGAUACUCUGUCCUCCCUGUCUUGUCCUGUGAUCCAGAGAGAGAGGUUUUAAGAGAGGUUUAUGGUCAGUGGGUUAUGGUUUUGCAGUGUCUCUGGAUGUUUGUCAUACAGUUCAUUCUUUCUGUCAGCAGCAGACACAGAGCUGUUCUUUGAUCAUCUUGGUAUGAAGCUCUAUAAAAGUGACUUCAGAGUUUCUCUGCUGUCUGCUCACCGUAGAUCAUUGCUGGAGCUCUGAUCUGAACAGAACUUGGCUGUUUCAAACAGAAUACACAUGGUCAUGACUGUGGCUCUGAGCACAUUUAAAUCCAAAGACACUAACAGCAUGGUCACUGUCUCUCCUAGAGCUCACAUCUAGCUGCACUUUUCCUCCCUGAACCUGUUUACCUGUGAACCUGUUCACCUGUUCACACCUGCUGAACCUAAAGUCUCACUUUGACCUUGACUGCCUUGCUCUCAGAGGGACUUUCUGUCACAGGAGGAGGAGGUUGGGAAUCUAUGGGCUUGGUGAGACAACUUUUGAAGUUUCAGGGUGGUUGUUUAGUGGAGGAGGUGGUUCGAUCUUAAUCUUGACAGGCAAGAUGACACUAAACAGACUCAACAUAAGUGAAUAACUCUGACAGGGUCCUCCUCCUUCUGACGGAGGGAUUUUUGUGUCAUUCAGUCAGGAGGAAAUGUGAACAAAGUCAGUCUGACAUCUCUCUCUGAUAGAAACAGCGUGAAACCUCAGUGAGCUCUGAAAGUGGUGCUGGGAGAAGUUUUGAAAUAAACAGAUAUCCACUCAAUGGUAGACUUCCAUGAUACAUGCAUUAAAACAUGCUAUCUGUGACUGGAUCACAAAUGCUGCACCAUAUACAUUUUCAUUUGGUAUUAACAUGUGUCUUUCCGUGCUGAGAUCUGACGGGAUCUGACCAUGUUCCCUCAGUCACAUCCUCUUUUUAUUUUUUCUACUACUUCGUCUUCUGUUCCUCCAUCAUGUUCAUAACUAACAACAAACAAUGAUAUUCUUAUUUAUCAUGCUGAGCAUUUACAUUUAACUCUCAAAAUCAAUGAUACAGGUGUGCAGAAACAUCUGUUUGCAGGGCAUGCUGUAACUACACUGAAUGAAUUCAUAUUCAUGAAAACUAGUUUUACCCACAAACCAAAACUUCCAGCCUAAAUAGAAAUUAUCUUUCUUUGGUUCCCUCUCUUUAAAUUCAUCCUGAGUUCAUCUAAAAUAGACAAACAAGUGUCUGAGAAAGUCUUACUUUAACUGGAGGAGAGGUACUGAUGAAGCCUGUCAAGAUAGACUCAUAAAAGGCUUCAGUUUAUUAAAACUCUCUGUGCAUGCAAGUAGCAGACAUGGCGGCAAGGAUUAGCAGCUUAACCAACAGUUGGAGAUCUAGACUGCAGACCGGAAAAGGAAACUCUCAAAUGGAAGCAGAAUUUAACUUUUAGAGUGCAGAAGUAAGUAAUUUCUAAGAUGUGAUAGACUGCUAUAUGUGCUUUUAUGUGUGACAACACAAGCUGAGAGUCGCGGAACUUGAAUCAUUUAAAGGUCAGGUAUUCAUGCCUCUGAUCACCGUCCUCUGCAGUGUUUAACACACAGAGGUGUAAUGCUGUGGUGAAGUCAGUCCUCCUCUAAAGCUUGAUAUAAUGUGAUCGGCACUGGUGUCUUUAAUGAGCUGGACUCAAAACCUAGUCUCACUAGGGAUCUCUGUCAGAGUUAAAUCCACUCAGGCAUCAUUUCCUCUUCAGAGCUCUGUCUUUAAAGAGUUCACCCACAGAGAGAUGACUCUGAAAGAGGAACUUCACUCUGUAUCCUGCUUCAGGACUUGACCUCAUUUAUCCGCACACUCAGCUUAUCUGGAGACAGCUGCUUCCCAGCACAUGUCCACAUUAGCAGCACAUCUGCUGUCUCCAUGUCUAUUUCUAAGGGGUUAGGAGUCUCUUCAGGGGGACAGCUGCUUCUGAAGACUCAUGGAUAUCGUCUUUUUUCUCCAACAUGCGCUCUAAUAUGUCUCCAGGACUGUUUUUCUGUGAAGGACAGCAUGUUUGGCCUGAGUGGGCUGGCCCUUCUGCUCUGCAGAUAUGAGGGUACUUUGGCCGUAAUUAGUGACAUAUUAAAGAGUAGCAGCUGACAGCUCUUCUGUGUUUGCAGAAGUUACAUUUAAGAGAGUUGUGUUAUUAUGGUAAAGUUAGAAAUGUAACAUCUACAGUUAUACAAUGUAAAUACUGUCUACUGUUCAUUGAUAUAAUGAGUCAGUCCAUAUGAUUUAUGCUGGUAUAUUAACCCCUCAUACAGGUGCAGUCUGAAUGGAUGUAACGAAGAAGGAUGAUCAUGAACAAACACAGUAGACACCACAAACAUGAGGAUAUGACCCUAAGCAGCAGCUGCUCAUGUGACGUCUGCUGUGACAAAGCAGAGUAAGGCCAUCAGACCUUACUUUUGGUGCAGAGUUAGGUCAAUGAUAUUGAUCUUUAUACAGACUCUGGGAAACCAGCUCUGUGUAUUUCUCUCCCUGAGUAAAUGUGGGCCUAAACACAACCCAAACCACUCUGAGCUCUCUCUCUCCAAUCUCCAGCAGGCAUGUUGUAACAUGCUGUGUCUUCUCAUGCUAGCCUACAUGCUAUUUGAGCUGCACGUGAUCACACUCUACCUCAGCAUGAAAACUCUGUAUUUCUCUUGUAGACGGUCCCUCUGAUCAUGUAGGUCACUGAAAGUCCAUCCCAACAUCUGGAUUUUCUAGUAAUACAAAUGGGUUUGGAUUCCAGGGAUUGGUCCUUUUUUAUUCUGUUGAAGAAUUUCACUGACAGAGUUGAUUGUAAGCUUUCUCUGUGUUAAAGACAGACUUUAAAAUUUCAGUAUAAACAAAGUUUCAGUACUGUUACAUGUUUUGGUAUUUACUACUGCUUACUCACUGAGUGCAGUGGAGUUUCACAGCUCAAGGAAGAACAUUUAUGAUAGUUACUUCAUGGAAAUGAAACCAGUUCAAGAUGCUUAGGCAGAAGAAUGAACACGUUUGCAGUGCAAAAUGAUUAUUAUGAUGACUAUCAUAAUACGGAAAUUUUCUGUUGUUAUCGGUGAUCAACUUAUCAGGACUCCCCCACAAACAAGAGGCUGCUGGAGGAGAGUGGGUUAGUUGUGUUUGGUCUCUUUGCUAAAGAAAUCAGGCAAAGCUAAAAAGAUGUUUGAUGGCUAGUACUAUGGCUGGGACCCUAUAUGUACUGUUAAUGAAGUUAGGUGUUCUGAGCAUUAUUUGUGACUAUAGAGUGGCUUUUUGGUUGAGGUUUGCACGUGGAGAUGUAGACCACUGUGUAUUGCUAUCAUGCGGUCAUUGCUGAAGUUGGUAUAACUAGAGAAGCAAGCAGUCUGCAACAUUUAUCUCUCGAGUGGGUGUCUAACUUGGUGUUACGGUGUGUUUGACCCUAAAUUAAAUUUACGCUGGAAUAUCCCUUUAAUUCGCUUCUUUUCUUUGGUGUAAUGAAACAAACUUUAACCGAGAGUAACUAUUAGCUUACCUCGCUAAAUUGGACUCAUGGUGUAGUUCUGUUCAAGACUACUGCGAACAUGCUGGAAAGCUUCUCUGACUUAGUCUGUGCUAACACUGCUGAAAACUGAGAAAAACCCUGUUUCUGCAUUUAUCAGCGGUAAAAACAACCCCAGCAUUGUUGACUGGCCUCUCUGACUUAAGAGUAAAUAUUUGGUUUGUGUGAGUAGAGUCCUGUGCUUUAUGUGAAACUUUUUUAAAGUUUUAAUAAUAUCGACUCUAAAAUUGACAAUUUCAACACGUUGGUAGUUUGAUGUACUUUUAGUGAAGCUUGAUGUGAUUGGCCUCUAAACAUCACAUUAAAGUGAUUGAGCCAGCUCUAAGGACCAAUUCUCAGAGGUUUUAGAUGUGAAAGUACACAUCAACACACAAAAAAACAUGACCUUGGUUUGAACCGGUAAGCUUUCAGUAGAAACUGAGUGGUGUCAUGGUGAAUCAGUUGUACUUUUUGAGAGUGUUUUAUGGAGACAAACAUGUUAUCACCCUGAGAUGGCAGCUGCUGCCUUCUGUAGAGUCACUGAUAACCUACUCUGGACCAGGAAACUGGAAACAGUAACAAACCAAUCAGAGUGUGCAAUGUUGAGGCGGGGAGGUCCAGCCCACAGCUGGUCUGAACCCACAGGUCAGCGGCAUUCACAUCUGUGUUUCCCUGCCUGUGAAGUGUUAUCCCAGGCCCAAUGCCACUUCUAGUCUGUUGUCCUGAAGAGAGAGUAGCAGAGACAUGAUCCAAACUCUGCUCCACUCUGCUGCAUGGAUCGAUGCGAAAUCACCUAAACUCAUCAUGCUGACUGACUUAAGGUCAUCUGAUUGUUGUCAUCUGGGUAGAAGUAGGAAGAGGAGGAUGAGAAAGAAGUGGAGGAGGAUGAAGAAGAAGAGAAGGAAGAUGAGCAAAAGGAGAGGAAAGGCGUGGACGAGGAGGCUGGGGCAGAUGAAGCUGGUUUUUUCUACCUGAAUGUGAAAUUGACUCUAGGGUACAGUUGAGAAUAUUGUUGUUGAAUCACUGACUGUGAAUGAAAAUGUGAAUGAGUCAGCAGGAUCACUUACAGAUUCUACUGCAGUUCAGAAGUUAAUCUCUGCCCCAAGAUCAGUGCUGCCAAAGAGUGGGAGCUUUCAACCUCUGAACACAGGACCCUGACCCUGCGCUGACUGUGCCAGGCUAACUCUAACUAAUUUUUAUUUUACAUAUUCCACGAAUAUUCUCCUUUUCCCUGUAUAUAAGGCAGCUCAGAGCAGUGUAGCUGCAGCUCCUCCUUUUUUCAGUUUCUCUUUUUUUGGGGUUGAUGACACUUUAGUGGCUUUAAAGAUUUAUUGUGUUCAACCUUGAUGGGCCCUGCGCAAAGAUCUAAAACAUAUGCUCAUAAAUUCACAGAACAAAGUGAAUCAGUGUAUGACCAUAUGUUGCCAGUUAAACAGCACACUCUCUGGUCGCCGAGUGCAGAGACAAUUAGACUGAGUCCCUCUAUUAUUUAAAGGUGUAGUUGGAUGUAAAAUGAAUCAGUCUAAUUGGAGCGCCUCAUUCCCUUUAAGAGUUGUAUGAUCCUACAGGCAGGCUCUCCAAAUGAACAGUGAGAACAUUAGUAUACAAGGCAUGCUAGAAUGAACUUUUUUUUUUUUACUGCUGAUCUGUGCGUUACAUCAGAGAAAGGUGUUCAUCUUUAUCUUCUAAGUUUGUCGGAGGAUCACAUUUGGGUCACAGAUAUGUUUUUUUUCUUUAUAUCUGUGGAUGUGAUGUUAGUGGCGCAGAGAGUGAAGUUUGAGGAUUGUAAGAAAACCUCUCUUAGCUUUGUGUGUGUCUGUUUUUGCAUAUGAUCCAGAGAACGUGCACACUGCUGCUUAGCAAAGUCUCAAGCUUUAUUUUAUUGGCCCAUGCAGGGUUGGGGUGGAGCUGAUGUUUUUUAAGAGACAGCAGUGAUGGUCUCCUCAUUUUUUGGCAUCCCGGGAGCACAGAGAGCAGUGCUGUAUGGCGACAGAGGAGACACACUCAUCUCUGAUCCCUGUGUUACAAAAAAAAAUGUAUCAGCAGGCACACAUGGGUUUUAUUAUGAGUGGGGGUGCUGCUGUAACUGCUUUUUGUUUGUGUGUAAAAAGUAGAGGAACAUAAAUUAUGAAUGCUAAUGCCCAUCUUACUGUCACAUUAAUGCUCCUGAAUGUCAGGAAAGUACUGCAUCACCAGGAUGUGAAUUUCAGUGCAGGGUUGAAGGCAUUACACACAAAAGACAGUCUGGCUCUGGAAAUGCAGAAAAAUCAGAACAUCUAAAAUAUUUAUGUUACAAAACAUGUACAAAGUAUACAAUGACAAUGUUUAUGUUGCCAUUUAAGUAUAGGUAUAUGUAAAUGUAUAUAAUGAUUCAACAAUGACCCACACAGCAAAUGCUGUGAAUGACAGAGUGGAGGUCAGAGUGGCAGGAGACAUCACAUCAGUCUGGAUCACUCACCCUUCUGCUUGCUAUUUCUCCUGCAUAUUCAUGCACAUUGUUGCAGGUAUGGUGUGGAUGGGACAAAUGACUGCCACUGGACUGUCGUAGAAAUCAUCAGCUGACAUGCAGUAGUCUCUUAAAGUAUAAUAUGCUUGUUAAUGUGCUAAAAAGAACAGCAAAGCCUCUAUUGAUGUUAAGUCCAUCAUUGGUGUUUAUGCCCAUGUGAACUUUAGUUAAUUCUCGCCUGUUUCAUAACCAGCUGAAAUCUCACCACAGUAUGUUCAAGAGCACCGACAAAAGUCCUACCAAAUCUGAAGAAUUUAAGACGGGAGUUUUCUCCAGCUUUUAGAAGUAAAGUUUGGUCCAUGAGCUGAUUUAAGGAAGCCGACACUUUCUGUUUCGAUAGACAGCAAUGUGCUCUGUUUGCACCUGGCCACACCUCAUUUUAGGACCAACACACCCACAGGUGCAAACAUGGGAACAAGUUCACUCACUAUUCCCACCACAUGGUGCUGGAGAUUAAAAUGACAACUGGGUUUGGGAGAAAGUAACUACAACGCCCACACUGUAGGUGAAAUACUUUGCGCAAGGUGUACGUUAGGGCCCAAGGACUUCCUCCUCCACUCUUAAUACCUGCAGCUCAUGUUCUGUAAAAUAUAUGAGGGUCUUUGUAAAGUCAUGGAGCUCAUGUUGUCUUUUUUUUUCCUUUUUAAAUACAUGCUAAAUACAAUUUUUUAUUUACAUGACAUAAAACUGUCUUAUUGGUAUAGUCAAUGUUGGUGAAAUAUUCCUGUUAUUAUCUGACAGACAUAAAAUAUGCAUUCUUACUUUGAAAGUAAACUCUGUGAUUCAGUCACUGUGAGAAAUAAGAGUGGUAUGGUUGUAGAGGGUCACUUAAGGCAGUAUGUGCUAAAUUUUUCCCAGCAAGGAGUAGUAAUUCCAGGAGUCUAUGCUGGUUCCCUUCCCACUUAAACCCACCUAAAGUAAAACAUGUCAGAGCAGAAAUAGAGCUUGGCAAAGAUUAUUUCUCUAUCAGCUGUUAGCUGCUGGCAGCUGAAAGGUUAAAUCCUUCCUGACAGUGGAAACUGCAGGAUUACAAUCAGAGCUAACAGUCAGAGCAACAACAGGACAAGAGGGAAAGUCUGAAAGUCAAUGAACUGACUGAGCAACAAAAGUUGUGCAACAACAUCAAAUAUAAAGUCUGCUGACACUGGCUGACUCUGUGCGCUACAUCAGGCCAAACAGCAACAAAUCCAAACGCAGGUUGUGUGUUUCUGUCAUGUGUAGAGGAGGGGAUAUGUCAUAUCUUAUAAUGUAGAGAUACAAUCACACAACUUGUGUGAGUUGUGUAAAGGGAAAACCCUGACCUGUUGUAUGUAUAGCUAUGAUCUCUGUGAAUUGUUACCAGAAACAUCCUCCCUGCCUGGACCAGGUAUCCAUGAUCCACGCAUGCCUCUGUGACUGGUUUAGAACUGGCAAGUCAAACUCAAAGCCUGUGGGCCAUGUCUGGCCUGUGAUAUAAUUAUAUAGGUCCAUCUGAAUAAAUGAAUAUGAUUAAAAAGUUGAUUGAUUUCAGUAAUUUAGUUCAAAAAGGUAAACUCAUAAAUUAUAUAGAUACAUUACAUAGAGUCUGGUGUCAGAGCAGACUCAAAGCAAAAUCACUCACUGAAGCUGCUGUCAAAGCAGGUUUUAUAGUGGUAGAGGAGUUAGCCAAAUCAGCCUGAUAAUGAAAGUAUGUGUUGUCGUGUCCAGACAAAAAGCAAGUAUUUUUAAAUGUACACUCAGCAGAAAUACUAUCACUGAUCAGAUAUGUGAGCUUGCCACUUAUUUACAGAGGAUUGCAUGACUGUGUAGUAAUGCUGUAAGUAGCUCCAAGUAGCCCCUUCCUUCAAACAGACAACAUGGACUGAUUGGUUUCCUGCAAACCUGCAGAGUUUCAGAGCAAGUGCUUGUUAAUGUUUUUGGUUAAUGUCUAUUUGGUGUCAGGCGUGCCGGAGCAUGAGCCUCCAUUCAAAGCAGGCUGAAGGUAAACAUGAUAGACUGAGCGCGGCACAUCAGAUGCAGCAUGAGAACCAAUUGUUUCGCCUCCUGCACAUGACACGCCUUAUCAGGCCACACAUGGAGAGAGGGGGGCAAAAACUCAUGAGGAUUUAAAAGGCUUGAUCUGAGGCUGUUUAUAAUCACCAUGGACUGGGGUGAUAGGCUGCUGAUAGGGAUUCCCUGCCCGGCUGGUUUGGACAGAUGUGAACACAGUGAGCCCUGUGAUGAAGAACAAUACGAGGAAGAGGAGGAGGUCUCUGCAGGCUUCAGAUCAAUUUUGUCUGAGUACAAUCAAUACAGUCAUUUAAUGACAGCUGGCUGCUGUUCCUGUUGUUGUUGUUUUUUUGAUUAAACAUUUGGGAUCAGAAGGUCAGACUCUUUUCCCAAACAUUACAAAAAACACUCUCCUCUGCUUUAUCAAUACAAGCAUGAGAAAUAGGUCUGUCUGUCUGUGAUCCUGGCUGCUGUAUGUGUUAGUGUGGGGAGACGGCAUCAGGAAAGAAACUGAUAAGAUUUUAUUGAUACUGAAACCAUUAUUUGAUCAACUUGUCUUCAUUAAUUUUUGUGUCAGUCCCAAAGUAUUGUCUGGUUGGUGAAAGUCGGCCUAAACAGGUUUUUCUGUGAUAACAUUUUUAUAACCUUCACUGCUCCGCUGAGACAGUGGAGCCAGGCGUCUUCACAGGUCAGCUGAUCACAGAUACAGCCUCUGAUUGGAAAAUAAAAAUGUCAGCCAACAGAAAUGACAUUAUUUCACUACAGUUAAUCCAUAAAUCAUCACACAAUUACUUUGUUUCUGAGGGAUUGGAUCUGAGAAUCCUCAGAUUUUCUCUUGGUGAUAGAAAAACUUCUGGAUGUCACAGAGACUCAGAGUUUAUCACUUAAAGCUGCUAUACUCAUGAAGCGAGUGGAUUUUUCUGGAAGUUCGUACAUUUUACCGUUUUAUUUUUAGAGCUGAUAUUAUAAAUACAAUAAUAUUUAGUUGUGUAGGGCAACACUCAGGACCUCUCCCGUCUCCUGUCCAUCAUGAUCACUUCCUCAGUUGUAGUUUGUAGUUUGCUCGGGCUGUCAUGGUGAGAGAAAUUUCCCUGAGGAGAUUCAAGGUGGCUCAAAAAUGCAGUAUGUGUUAUUGCACAUGUCUAUUGGUCAAAAACAAAUUAAGGAUUGAUGUUAGUUUUUAUUAACCAUUAACCUAUCAAUGUGACUGCUUUUUUUUAAAACCAUUAUUAAAACUUUAUACCUCUGUUUCCAUUUUCUCUGACAUUAUCAUUUUGUGUAACUUAGCUCCACUGAAGGACCUCAGCACUGUGGCUGCAGACAGUAUCUGUGCUGAGGCAGGGAGUAUGUGUUGAUCAUGAAGGACUCGCCUUCCAAGCACUGACUGCUUCUCAUACUAUGAAUCAACUCGUAUCAGCUCUGUGAGACGUUUGGGAAGGCUCUGAUAAAGAAACGUUCAACGUAGAAAAUGAUGCCAGUGCCCCAAACUACCCAAAACCAGUUCUGAUUUGAACCCAGUUUUUGAUUAUCACCCCACUGAGAGUAGCAGUGAAGCAUCACUCGUUCUUGCACUGACUUAGCAGACUGUACUUUAAUAAAUGAUGUCCAAAAUUUGCUUAUCUGUCCAGAUGUUUACAAGUCACUGACCUCCUUGCUGCUCUAAGUUGACCAUAGACUGUAUAUAGAAUUGACGCCGUCUGCCUCCUCGCUGGGUGAAGCAACCACGAGAACAGCACCCACUGGUGACGGGGGUCAUAGGUCAGAUGACGGGUAUAUAGGCCAUAAAUUCCGCCUCCUCCAGCAAUCCCUAUGGAGCUACACAGAAUAUACAAUUUUCUCCCCUCUGCGUGUGAUGUUGACAUGUAGUUACUGUAAGACUGGUUUGUGCCAAGUUUUUUUUUUUCUGUACAGCUCCAUUUUUAAAACUUAUUAGGGGAUUCAUGUUUUCUAUGAUUGACACUUGAUACAGCUUAUGGGCGUACGAAGAUGACGUAGCUGACCCGGGGCUAUGCUGUUUGAGCCGAGCAUCAUUACAGCGACUCUCGGCGACUCUCCCGCCGAAUGCGUACAAUGCUACUGUGCAAUGUUGGUUUCAGGAAGUGGAAAAAAUCCCGGAAAUACAGAGAGCAAUUUAGCUUAAACAAAAAGGCAGAAGGUGGAGCCAAGUUGUCCACAGUAUAUGCAGUCAAUGAAGUUGACCCACAACUCACUCUCGCUGAUUUAUGUUAGUUAGAAUCCUGUGUCCCACAAUGCAAAGUGUAACCAGGACACAUGGAGUGAGAUCACCUAUGCAGAGGCUGUGCAAAAACAGCUCUGUGAUAAUGUGAGUUUUGUUUUGACAUCAUUACAGUAUGAACACAGGCAGAGCCAAAAGAAAAAUAUAACACUAAACCAGUUAAUACCUGAGCUAGAACACAGAUGUGAAAUCAGCUUGAAUGAUCUACUGUCUGUUCAAUUUGUUUUAUUCACUGCACCAUUAAAUUGUGAAUGAAGAUGUUAAGACAGAUUUCAGACUUUGUCAGGCAGUAAAGUCAUAUCAAGCAAUACAUGUAUCUGUCAAGUUCAUUAUGAAGUGAAAUAGUGGGGUUUUAAAACUCAGAGUUUUACUGGAUCAAAGUUAACCCACCUCUGCAUCCACUAGGGAUGUCCUGAGGGUAAGUGAGUUACAGACCAGCUCAGCAUGCACAUCAUACAUCACGUCAUACAUCAUGUGAAGCUCCCUCUGAAGAUAGACAUAACAAGAUGCCACUAAUAGGAUGGGUCUGCUCUGCAUGUACAUGGACAUCCACUUAAGGUAAUCUAAACACGUCAGUGAGAUUCAUGGAAAAACACAUGCAGAGCAUCAUCAAGAUUUGUUCAAAUGCACCAGAGAAACCAGGUUACCUGGCCUACAAGGUCAAAGGUCACCAUCUGUGUGUUUCAUUGUGAUGUCCCUGGAGGACAUGUUUCUCUAUUCAAUCUCAAACAGCUAGAUCACCUAUGCCAGACAGACGGACAGUCUUCUGUUUGCUGCUGCAUGUUUUCUUUGUCACAGUAAUGAUCUACUGAAGGUCUCACGUUCUGCAGAGAAACAGAGUCAGAGGCUCUCUAGUAUCAUGGACAGCUCAUAAAUCAUUACCAUACCACUUAGAUCUGCUGUAGGUUUGUCAUUUACUGUCAUUCUGAAUACAUGAGCCGAUCUAAACAGAUAAUGAAGCUCUGUGACUUCUUUAUUCUCACAAUUUGCAGGAUCCAUUCAUGCUACCACCGCCUCUGUAGAUAUAGAGUAAAAAAAGGUGUAUCCACGCUGUGGCCUGCAGCUCUCUCUAUACUGGGAACGUAAAGGGGAGGAUAAGGAGCUCGCCCAAUCUCCUUUCAGUCCUCACACACCGCCCCCUCCCCUAUUUUAUGACGCAGAAAAUUACUCCCACCCAGCGUUUCUGGACUUCUUCCAAAGCAGUCCUUCCCAGCCUACUUAUGAUGAGUUUCUUCUGUUUAUGCAAAGACAUUAAUUAUUUUGUGGCUGCGCCCCAACUUUUUCGCAGAAUCAUGAUGCAUUGGGUUUCCCUCCCAGUGGUGUGAGGCCAGAAGACAAAUGAGGGACUGGAGCUGGGACUCUGUAUAAAGAUGCCUUUGAACUUCAGCCUCAGGCUGGUCCUCCCCCAGCCAAGGAGCAGCUUGCUUUAAAUGUUUUCCAUCUGCAGAUGAUGUUCCUGACUAAAGAUCUAUACUUCCUAAAUUCAAUACAGUCCAAACAUGCUCAGAUGUGUUUCAGCAGCUCAGUGAGAACCAACUAAGGCUACAGUCUUUGUUCAUGACUGAUGGGUCCACACUUACUCCACAUAUGGUCUGCAGUUUGUAAAGAGGCUGAAAUUUGAGCUGACAGAAGGAACAAGAAUUCUCUUCAUGCAUCCAGCUGGGAAUGAGUCAGGUUUGUCCCGCAGGACUCACCUACCUUAAAGGGAUAUUCCACCGUAGAAUUAAGUUAUGGUCCAACACACCGUAACACCGAGUUAGACACCCCCUGGAGAGAUGAAUGUUGCUGACUGCUUGUUUCUCUAUUUAUACCUUCAACAAUGACCGCACAAUAGCAAUACACAGCGGUCUAUAUCUCCAUGUGCAAACCUGGAGCUGCCUUUCUGUGGCUGAGCAUGGGCAGACCUGGAUGAUGGGUUCCAGGUAAACAGGAGCAGUUUUGGUUACUGCAAUGAUAAGGGUUUGAAUUUGAUGUGAGCUGCGACUUGAAAUCAGUGAAGGGAGAUGAACAGAGGAGUGACAUGAGCUGUCUUGGCCUGGUUGAAGACCAAACGUGCUGCUGUGUUCUGGAUCAUCUGCAGAGGUUUAACUGUGCAUGCAGGGUAAGGAGUUGCAGUAGUCAAUGUGUGAUAGUACAAGAGCCUGAACCAGGAGUUGUGUUGCAUGCUCUGUCAGGUAGGGUCUAAUCCCUGGUGAAUCUGAAGGUUACUCUGUUUGUACUCUGUUUAGAGCUCAAGUAUAUUGAAGUAUCAUAUUUUGGAGUGUUGCUUUCUUAGUUAUAUCCAGUUAUUUAAAGACCAAAUUCUGGGUUAAAUGAGUUCGAGCAUUCUGCAGUUUACCUCCUUUCAAGUCAAUCCUAUAAGGGAAGUGCACAGCAUGUAGUUGAUAUAAGAGAACCCUUCAGGCCAAACAGCAAGUAUUCACAUUGAUACUUGAUUCUCUACUGUCACUGUCUGGCAUUACAUUUAUAUAAAUGCAGCUGUUGCCAUGGUAACACAUGCAUUGACUAGCAGCUGAGUCUAAAGUCAGUCUCUGAGUUUCUGUCUUAACAGUUCUAUUCAGGUUCAGAAUGAACAGUAUCACUGAGUUCAUCUAUCAGCGUGUUUCUUCAGAGUGUGACUGAAAGCUGUUUCUGCUGAGCAUGUAAGCAGAAUGUGCAGAUUUUUAAGCUCUGCAGACGCUCGGUCCUGGUGCAGUUACCUCAGGAGGGACAUAAUGAGUCUCAGCUAUGUGCCAAAUAUGUUCAGAUCUACAUAGACACAGCUUGUAAACCCAUUAACCUCCAUUGCUUCUUCCGCUUUGUUUUUAUUGGAAAAUGACUUUCAUUAUUUUUUCUUCUUCAUAUUCUUUUCAGUCUUUUUUCUCUCCUCACAAACUUCUUUUGUCAUGAGAUUUAUCUUUUGUUUCAAUAAAGACAAAGUUUGAUAAAGCAGUUUGGAUUUUAGCCUAAAGCUGUGUGUGAAACUGUGCUGUACAGUGGAUAUUGGUUCGUGAUCUAGAGGAACAUCUGUUCCUGUUUCUGCUGUGUUAGCACUGAGAGCAGGUAAUGCAUUAACACCUGUUAGGCCCCAGUUUGAGUGUGUUUCAGAGCCACGACUGUGAUACAGGGCCGGAUGGUCUCUAUGUUAAAUGAGGCCUGUCUUUGCUCAAUAUGGGGAGUAAACGGUGCAGCAGAGAUAAGAUGUUGUUUUCUGAUGAAACCAGGGAAACUGAUCACAGCAGCUCGAUCUGAGCCAAGGGCUAUUAGCUCGCUCUUAUCACUUUGGUUAAUAGUUAAGAUCUGUGGGUUUUUUCACACAUGAAGGGAAGUCAUCAGGCACAUGGAGCUGCGUUAUCCACGUGCUGAGCCAGCCUGUGUCUAUAUUUUUAAGGAGCACAUCCAUUCUCCUGACUCUGCAAAUCUGUAAGAUACUAGAGACUGAAAUGUGACGUUUAGAGUCAAAGUUGGGUGCAGUUUCCUCUGUUUUUCUUGUAGGAUCUUUGUUGUGUGGUUUAAAGAUACAGAGUUUGGUCCAAGCCUCUCGGCUUCAUAAUCUGUUCUGUGAUAUCCAUAGAGGAAGAGUUUGGUGCUGGUCUAUUCUGUGUGGUUGAUAAAGGCAAUAUUUGGUGUUUCUGUUGUAGGAUCUUUUCUGUGCGGUUUAUAGAUGCAGAAUUUGGUGCAAGUGUCUGUGCGAAUAGUUCUUUGUAGUAAAAACAUAAUGUGUUUGGUUCAGAUCUCUCUGCUGAAGAAUUGUUUAUGUGUGGUUUAUAGAUGCAGAGUCUGCAGGUCCAUCUAUUUUGGGUAACAUCCUGAUUGGAUUAUGAAUGUAGAGUUUGUUGGAGGUGUCUCAGCUGUGGAUCUUUUCUGUGUGGUUUAUGGAUGCAGAGUACAGUGCUGGUCUCGGCUGUGAAUCUUUUCUGCGUGGUUUAUGGUUUCAGAGAUUGGUUUCAAACCAGGUUCCUCUGCUGUAUGAUCUUCUCUGUGUGGUUUGAAAAUGCAGAGUUUUGUGCACAUCUCUGCUUUAGGUUUCCUUAUGCAUGGUCUAUAGGUCUCCCUGCUCAAGGAUCUUUUUUUGUGUUGUUUACAAAUGCAGUUUGGUGCAGGUAGGGCUGAGUGAUAAAACGAUAACGAUAUACAUUGAAAAUUAAUUUCACAUGCUGAAUAAGAACCAAGUAGCAAACAACUGCAUAGUAGCAGACUGCAGCUACACACAACCAUAGCACUUUAACAUGUGAAGCCGACAGCACUGUCGGUGAAAAAAAAUAAUAAAAUGAGUGCUACCCCCCACAGAAAUGUAGAUGAAGGCUCAACAGAUGAUGACAUUGUCGACAACACUGGCACGAAAACGUCAGUGGUGUGGAGGUAUUUUGUUUUUUUUUUGAGGUUGGACAUGAAGCAGAGUAAUGUGCACUGCAAAUUAUUUCAAGUACAUGUUCUCGCAAAGUCAGGGAAUACCUGAAAUCUAUUUCACCACCUGAAGCAGUGCCACACGGCAGAGCACGCGCAAUGCAAAAGGUUACUAACCCUGAGCGGAGCAAGCAGCCCGUGGUGCCUAUGCAGCUGAAACAGCCGACCAUUCAGUCCACUUUCUCUAGCUUAACGCCUUACAACAAAACGUCAAAGAGACACAAAGACCUCACAGAUGUAGUAGCUUAUUGUAUUGUAUGUCAUAAUAUAUCGAUAUUGACUGAUCGACUAAUACGAAAAAAAUAUAUCGUGAUAAACUUUUUACCAUAUUGCCUAGCCCUAGCUGCAGGACAGGUUUUUCUUUGGAAGGAUCCUUUCUCUGAUUUAUAGAUUUAGCUUUUUUUGUCAGGUCUGUGUGAUUUGUAGGUACAGACUUUGGUGCUGGUGUCUCAUCUCUUGAAUUUCUGUGUUUUUAUAGAUGCGUGGUUUAGUGUAAGAGUCUCUGCUGUAUGAUCUUUUUCUGUGAUUCAGAGAUGUAGAGCUUGGUGCAGGUCUCUCUACUGCAGGAUCUUUUUUCCGUGCGGUUUAAAGAUGCAGGGUUAUGUGCACAGAGCACAUAGUUUUAGAGGAGAGGAAUCUUUCAGGAGACAGUCAGACGACCUAAUGUGACUUCACCUCCUCAUUCAGUGUCCGAGUGGGGCCUGAGGCUUAUGUUGGAUGUCACUGGGACACAGAGAAUCCAGAUAUUUUAUUUUCAUUUCUCUUUCUAAGAAGAAUGAGGGCUUUUAAGACAAGAAUCAGCAGAUUAAACCAUUUCAGCAAUUUCCUGUUGUCCUUGGGGAUGCUUCUCUGUCUUUUUCAUGUCUUUUAUUACAAUGUUGAGCUUUACUGAGGGCAGAUAUCUCUUCAAGUAUGAGCCCCAGCAGAGUGGAGUCCUUUGAGUUUUCUGCUGCCUCAGUGUCUGCAGAGAUGGUUGGAGGCUCUGACAGCUUGUGAGCUCUCCCAGGGAAACCAGAGCAGGGUAAGAGGGUUGUCUAAAUAUAGAUCACAUGACUUUUGAAAAUAUAAAUGUAUACACUACAGUUAGGGAACUUUCUGCUCUGUGUCAGAGAAACAUCAGUUGAUUGCGUCAUGUUGGUUUGCUCUGGAGUCCUCAGAGUUACAGAGUUUGUUUUUACUUUGCUGUUAGUUAAAGGCCCUCAAUUUCUGCAGAAAGUCUCACAGUAACAAUUUGAGUCAGGUGAGGUUCAUAUGUUUUUUUCAAUAUUUGGAUUUCCUUGUUUCCUUGUUUGGAUUUCUUUGAAAUUUGUAAGAAAUAUUCAGAGCUGCGCGGGAUAAACCGUAAUAUAUCUGAUGAUCCUCUCCAACGGAGCUGUACACAGUAACCUUUUACACCCUUGUCUGCAUCAUCACAUUGCAGCUUUAGUUUAUGAGAAGUCCAGUCCAAGAGUCAGAAAAAAUCGACUAAAUGGACUAUGGUUUAUACAGUUUGUCUGUUUAUUCGUAUAUGAAAGCAUAUACAGUAUGUGGCCAUGUAUAUUUACCAAGCUGCAUCCUCUGGUUAUGAGAAAUGAAGGUGAUGUGGAAGUGCCAAAAUCUGCUGUUCCAUGAGUGUCCUCGAGCUGUCUUCAAAAGCACUAGAGACCUCAUACACACUCAUUCAAAUGAUCAGACUCUUAGAGAAAAACUAAAUCCGUUUACAGUCUCAUUCAAAAAUCGGUCUUUGUCUGAAUACGUCAGGGCUCUCACUGCAUCCACUGUAUGGAGAGUAAAUGUGUUUUUACAUGUUAAUAUCAAAGCUAUUAAGGUCAUCAGAUUGGUGAAUGAGGCUGCAGGUGGGCACACUAGCCGUUAGCAAGGAGGCUAAAAGCUUGCCUCUGGUAGGUUGGCCAAAAGUUGGGUUACGCCAACCAUUAAGGAUAUAGGAACUGAUAGGCUUCAGAACUCUUCUUCAGAAACAAAUGGUGGGGUCACUGAUGUUAUUUACUGUCUGUAAUCUUAAACAUGCAUAUGUACAGUAUAUGUGUUUGUUUGUGUUUAUAAGCAUAAACAUUUACAUAUUUUUCUUUUGACAAUGUUUGUCUAAGGAGGUACCCAGGGUGGGGUGGGGGGUAUGAUCGCCACAGGUUGAGGGCUGGAGGCUAUACAUUUGCUAUAAACAUGAUAGUUAUACAUGACAGAAAUAUGUUGUUUCAACCUGAGUCAACCUAAGAACCUGUGCUCAACCAAAGAGCAGCAAAUUCUGGUCUCUGAAUUUUCUGAAAUGUUUUCAUGUUUUUGUCGGAGGUAUUUAGUUCUGUUGGAUCAAGCUUGCUGUUUUUUUAUCAACACCUGUCUUAGCUCAGGGUCUGUCCCAGCUGCUUUCAAACAUGCUGUGGUUAGGCCCCUCCUCAAAAAAACGCAUCUUGACCCCACUGUGCUGUCCAAUUUUAGGCCUGUCUCCCACCUGCCAUUUCUUUCUAAGGUUUUGGAAAAAGUUGUCUCCUUUCAAUUGCAUGCAUUUUUAGAGGUAAAUUCUGUUCUUGAUAAAUUUCAGUCUGGUUUCAGGUCUCGACAUAGCACUGAGUCAGCACUGUUAAAGGUACAUAAUGAUAUUGCCCUGUCCUUGAGCAGUAUGUAGGCAUCCGUGGCACCGCUCUCAAAUGGUUUAAGUCGUACCUGGCAGAUAGGAGUUUUUCCGUGAUGAUUGGUGACCUCUGCUCCUCACAGGCGCCUCUCUCUUGUGGGGUGCCACAGGGCUCUAUUCUUGGCCCUAUUCUGUUCUCUUUGUAUUUACUACCCCUGGGAUCAAUCAUAAGAAAAUACAAUCUGUCUUUUCAUUCGUAUGCUGAUGACUUACAGUUAUAUUUGCCCAUGCGACCCAACGAGAACAGUGCACUUUCUCACUUACUGGACUGUAUUACUGAAGUAAAACAGUGGUUGGCUCUGAACUUUUUGCACCUAAAUGACAGCAAAACUGAGUGUAUUUUAUUUGGCACGCCAUCGAUAUCAAACGUUUCGAUUACAGACUCUGGAAAUCUGGCGCCUUUUUUCAAGCCACAUGUAAAGAAUCUUGGGGUAACAUUUGACAGUGGACUUAAGUUCGAUAAACAGAUUAGAUCUGUCGUCAGUACCAGCUUUUUUCAACUGCGUCUCCUGGCCAAAGUGAAGUCCUUUUUAAGUCGGCAGGACCUCGAGAAGGCAAUCCAUGCCUUCAUCAGUUCCAGACUGGACUAUUGUAAUGCCCUUUAUGUUGGCCUCAGCCAGUCUUUAAUCUCCCGUCUCCAGCUUGUACAGAACGCUGCUGCACGAUUUUUAACGGGCACGUCUAGGCGUGAACACAUCACCCCUGUGCUGUCUUCGCUACACUGGCUUCCAGUUUGUUUUAGAAUUGACUUUAAACUUUUAUUAUUUACUUUUUAUGCCAUAAAUGGCCUGGCCCCCUCCUACCUGUCAGAGAUUUUAACUGUUCGCGAUCAUGGCAGGGCCCUCCGUUCCUCCGGUCAGCGCCUGUUGGAGGUCCCGAGGUCAAAACUCAAACAGUGGGGUGAUCGUUCUUUUGCUGUUGCAGCUCCUAGGCUGUGGAACAGACUGCCGCUAGAUGUACACACCACCACUGACCUCAGUUUAUUUAAAUCAAAGUUAAAGACGCACCUUUUUAGACUUGCUUUUAACUCUGACUAGGUAGUCCUGUACUUAUAGGUUUUUAGCACUUCUACAUACUAUUUUAUUGUAUUAUUUUAUUUUCAUAUUCAUUUUUAUUAUUUCAUCGUUCUUGUAUUAUUCUAUUCUAUUGUAUUAUUUUAUAAUGGUUUUUUUUCUUGUGUUAUUUUAUUGCUUUUAUGUAAAGCACUUUGGGUACCAUUUGGGAUAUUGUAAAGUGCUAUAUAAAUAAAAUUUGAUUGAUUGAUUGAUUGAUUGAUUUUGUCAACCAAUUGUGGAUGUUUCUGCUGGGAGAGGAGUUUGUUCAGGAGAGGAGCUUCAGAGACAGAGCAGGUCUGAACAUCUGAAGGUAUUUUUAGUGGUUGCCAUUCUGGUGCAAAGGCGAUGGCAAAGGUGAAGGCUUGGAAAUGGAGAUGUAAACCUUUUCUUCCAUCAGUGGUCAUGGGAAACAUCAACUCUCUGCCCAACUAAAGUGACAAGCUGGAGGGAUUGGUGAAGACUGAGAAAGCAUACUGUGAGUGCAGUCUCUCAUGUUUUACUGACAAAUGAUGGAAUCAAAACAACUCAGACUCGGACCCUUUAAAGUGCAGAAGAAGCUCCCUCUAGCCACACACGUGCCUGCUUUAGGUGGGGUUUGGUGGUCUUCAGCCUGAGUCUUUAUGCUGGUCUUAGCAGGAUGGUGAUGUGGUCAGAGUGCAAUGUGGGGGAGGGGAGAAGCCUUGUAAAUACACAAAGUAAACAGUAAUAUUAUUACUACAAAGCUGCAUUAUUCUAUUAUUUAUAAACACAAGUAUUUGUAAAAUAGUCAGUCUAAGGUUUGAUGUGCAGCCAUUCUUUCCAUUUGGAAAGAUAAUGAUGAUAUUAUCCGUGUGGACGCCAAUAUGACGUCCAUUAUGUCAAAAUGCCAUCAAUCAGCUGACUGAUCAGUCUAUUUUUAGCACAGAUCGUGUUGUGUGAUUGUGCUCUGAGUUCUUCGGAGUGUUACUGAUGUGAACUUUCAGUAAAUUACUUUUUCACCCCUCAUCUUUUCUUUUUCUGCACUUUUUAACUUUAUCUCCAUGUACGUGCUGUUGAAAAGUAUUGAGGUUUAUGACAUUUUAACAGCCUUAGUCUGAACUUUUUUCCUGCUAUCAGUCCAUACUGUUUUUUGUAAAAGCAGAGGACAGUUACAGAUGUUAGCAAGCCUCGACUGAGGAGUGUCUCCAGUCAUACUGUAGUGUAGAGGAGCAGCAAACAGCAGCGUUAAUCUCAGAGUAACAGGCUGAUUCACUUCCAGCCUCAGUUCCUGCUUCAUGACAUACCAGAGAGAGAGAAACGCCUCAGUGAGAGCGGAAAAUGAACCUGCACAGUUAGAAACAUGCAGACACAAACACAGCAGCUUUCCUCUGUCACACCAACAUGCUGAUCUUUUACCUGUCCUACCUGUGCAGCCCUACUUGUGCUCUACUGUAGCUACUGUGUGAGCCCCCAGGUAGCUGCUGCUUCCAAAACACAUCACUCACUUCUGACUCACCCAUCCUGUUUUGGUUCGAAGGUCACUGCAUGAGGUCUUGCACAAUUUGUGUGUUGUAUCAGUGUUGUUAGUUGUUUUUUUUCCCCACCUAUGAACCUCAGUGUGUGCCACUUUCUUUAGCACAGAUUUUAUAACAUAUAAUCCCUGUGGUUAUCUUAUAUCAUAAAACACUGUUUAAAUAAAUGGAGAAACUUGAUGCAAGCUUUGAGACAUUAGGUUUUAUUUUUUAUUAAGAGAUCCAGUCAGAUUCUAUCUAAUCUUACUAAGGUUGGUCAGCAAGCCCAGAGGAGAACGGACACUAAUGAUUUCUAAUGUUCAAAUCUCAUUCAGUAUGUUUACAAUAUCAAGAUUAAGAUUAUGUAACAUGGUUUUCAAUGUUACAAGUAGAGUACUCACAGUGAAUCAAAGCAUUACAAUCUCAAACCUCAGUGCAAAAGACAAUAAUGUAAGAAGACAGAGGUAAAAAAUAAACAUUACCUUCAAAUGAAAAAUGAAAAAGUGCAGUAAUCCAUAGUAAUACAACCGCAGUGGUGUUUGAAUUAUUGGUCUUUUGGAGCUGAUUUUUUUCAUUUUAUAUUAUUUUUCUAGGUGUGUAUUAGGUGUAAGAUAGAUAAUACAAGCCAGAGUGUCUGUUACCAUUCCCUUCCAGAGCCAAGUGAUUCUGCGUGUCACUAUUUACACAGCCGAUCAAAGCCUUUUUACUUGACAAGUACUUUAAAGCUAGCAUGCCUAACUUCUGUUCCUCUGUUGUGCCUCUAAAACACAGAAAAGACACACACAGAGAUCACUGUAUGGGUUAUGUGGAUGUAUGGAUCAAUCAUGCUGAGCAGCUGACACAAUCAGCAACUUCCCAGAUUAAUGGGCUUGUACUUUUAUGUGUGAGACACAGCAACAUACUGUAUCUCCAUCAAUUAUUUUUUCAGACAGAAUGACAGUAUCAGACAAGAUCAAAAGUUGAUUAACGUCCUUUGUGCUUCACAUCACAGUCAUUGAUUCUCUCUCUCUCUCUCUCUGUACCUCUGUCUCUGUGUCCUUUAGCCUGGGUGGGCUCCCUGUCCAUGGGGAUGAUCUUCUUCUGCUCCCCUAUUGUCAGCGUCUUCACCGACAUCCUUGGCUGCAGAGUCACAGCUGUGGGCGGUGCUGCUGUCGGCCUGGUUGGCCUUCUGGCCAGUUCCUUUGUCACGUAAGGAAGAAAUUCAGAUUUGUUAUAAUCUAUGAUGAAUAAAACACAAAUAAAGACUGAAGAUCUAAACAUCUCAAACAUAACAUCAUUAAGACAGGUAAAAGUAACCACAAAGUGAAAACAACUUGGGGAAACUAAAUGCUUCAUACAUUGGGCUCUAUUUUCGUGCCUCACCGGAGACGUGCUGCAGGCGCGGCGUAAGUCAGGUCCACCGCGCCAACAAGGCGUUCCCAAGCACAAUUUGGUAUUUUGGUGAGCGGCGCAGCCUGGCGUAAGUAUCCCCCCUCCCUAACUCAGCUCCUCCCAGCGGCGUAAGUCGUAGCGAGGGAGGAGAGAGGGCAUGGAGUGGGUUAUACACAGCCGAGACCUGUAUCGACCAAUAACAUCAGCUCCUCACCUCGCCUUUAAAUCCGCCACAGGCGAGGCGUAUUACGAUUUUCGUGAAGUAUUAAAAGAGAUCAAGAGAUGUCUGAAGACAGUAAUGCCACACAAUGGCGACAGAAGGCAGCUCCUCAACAAGUGUCGCUGUAAACGCUGCAGAGGGCGUCCUCCACACUCUCUCAUAUGAGCACAGAUGGAUUUGGUGUGUGUAAUGUUGGACCCACUGGUAAGACAAACACCCUUUCCCACAAAUAAAGACAUUCACAUAAAGUUGCAUAUAUUCAAACUUCACGUGACAAAGGUGGGUUGUGCACAGAGAUCACAUCAUAAAUUCCAAUAAUGGCAUUAAAAUCGGAACCAUCUGUGCGUAAAUGAUGCAUCGCGCUCCAUGGCCUGGCUCUUUCUUUCAUAGAUGUUGGCAUAUAAAAUAAAUUUGGCUCACAAAACUGAAUAUUAUAAUAUCCGUAUGUAAGCUUAGAUUAAAUAACUCAUUUGAUCACUGAAAUAAACCAUCUGUUCAGCUGCCGCAGCAGCAGUUGCAGCAGAAUGGGGAGAGGACACAGAGACAUGUCCAGGUCGAGCUGCGUGAGACAUAAGAGGAAGAGGAAGAAAGAAAAGGAGGGAGACGAAUUACAUAUCUUGUUAACUUCAUCAUGUGUGUCUAUUUACUAGAUAUUUAAUUUAAUGCGGUUUCAGCUGUGUUGAUUUGGUCAGGUUGUGUGUCCAAACGCAUGCCAAACGCGCUCAUCAGAUCACAUAUAGAUCAGAAUAUAUCGAUAUAGAUCUAAAUGUGUGCGCUAACUCAGAUUAAUAGUUGUUGAUGAUUAUUUAUUGCACUGAAAUGUGCCUGACACUGUGGAAACCUGCCUGUGAGGCAUCUGUGAUGUAUGCCGAUACGCCGCCGGUCUACCAAAGUACCACUAGACCAGCUGCACUCCGCCUGCGCUGAAAGCUGACCAGGUUUGAAGCGGCGAGCUUUCAGCUCACUUUAUACGCCACCGGAGAGCAUGAAAAUGUCGCUGCGCCAGCUGAUUCUGUCGACACCUCCUCCUGCCUCGCCACCACGCCCAGCUUGGCAGACCUCGGUGUGCCUCAGUCCACGAAAAUACUAAACUAGCUGUACACCGGGCUCCGCCAGACGAAAAUACCACUGUGCGGGGUCCACCACCCUCCAUCGCCUCACCGGGGGACACGAAAAAUAGAGCCCAUUAUGUUCACCACAUACCCAAUAUUAGUUCAACCAGCUCAACCACUGCUGCAGACAAACACCAUCAUCAAGACAGAAAAACCAAAGAUGAGGUUGUAGAGGACAAAUAUGAGACAGAUAGAAGGAGAGGCCAAGACCACCAAGUUAUAUGGAAAAUUACACUGCUGUAAGGUUUAAUGAUGCACCAUUUCACAACUGCAACAUGUGCACAUGACGGCACACGGCAGGAUGUGUGAUGUCAGUCAUGUAGCUGAUGCAGCACAUAGCAGUUAGGGGUGAAGAAAAAAAUUGAUACAGCAUAGUAUUGCGAUAUUUUGUCUGGUGAUAUAUCGUAUCGUCUUAUUUACCAAGUGUUGACUUUUCAAGUUAAUUACUAAUAUGAAGUCAAAUCUAUGAUAAUGGAAAAAUAAAGUCAACUGUUUGUCCAGUGAGGUUAGCAGAGGUGACAUCAUAGAGCAGGAGAACGUUAGUACAACAAAUAUAGCAACACCUAGGAAAACAUUAGGAAUGCAAGCAGGGCACAAAUGAGAUGGACAUGACACAUAAGGUUUACUACAAUAAAAUAAAAUACUGUGUAAAUAAGACAAAUAUAAAGGAAAGAAAAAUGCUAAAUUAGCUAUGCAGUUGAAAAAAAAAUAUAUAUAAAUUGCAAUAUACAGUAUGGUAUCACAAUUGUAUGGUAUCUCAUUGUAUUGCAAAAUGUUUAAAAUUGCAAUAAUAUUGUAUCAUGGCCCAAGUAUUGUGAUAGUGUCCCAUUGUGGGGCCACUAGUGAUUCCCACCCCUAAUAGCUUUCUGCUUGUUAUCACUUUGUUGCAGCUUCUUAUUCAAACACACUAACGACUGAUUGCUGUGCAUGCAGGGUCUGUGUCACUCGACUGUAAAUUGCAAACAUGCGUAUCAUGCUGCUGCAGUCACAUAUACCUGGCAUGAUGCUUGAGGACGUCAGUGAGCUAUGUGAGGCAUUUAAAGGGAGCAUGUGCCGAAUAACACUGUGGCAACAGAUACAGAGAGAGAUACACAGGAAUAUACCGAUCAGAUGAACCUUGGUAUUUAAAGUAUCUACAUCUACAGGAGUCAUAUCAGUUAGUUGGGAUGUUUGUAAAGUUAAAAGGGUAUUCUAGUGUUAAAUUUAAUUAGGGUCAAACACAGUGUCACACCGAGUUAAACACCCUCUCAAGAGAUGAAUGUUCCCGACUGCUUGCUUCUCUAGUUACACCAACUUUAGUAACGACAGCAUGACAGCAUGAUAGCAGUACACAGCGGUCUAUGUUAUUAAACUUCAGCCAAAAAGCCACUCUAUAGCCACAUAUAAUGCUCAGAACAGCACCUAACUUCAUCAACAGUACAUAUGGGUACCCAGCCAUAGUACUAGCCAUCAAAGCCUGAUUUCUUUAGCAAAGAGACCAAACACAACACACCUACUCCUCUCCAGCAGCCGCUUGUUUGUGGGGGAGCCCUGACGAGAUGAUUGCUCAGUGCAGCAGUCUUGCAGCUCAAGGAAGAACAUUUACGAUUAUUACUUCAUGGAAAUGCAAUCAGACCAAGAUGCUAAGUCAGAAGAACUACCUCGUAUGCCGUGCAAAAUGAUUAUUAUGAUGAUCAUUACUCCAAGGAAAUGAUCCGCUGCACUCUGUGAUUGUCUCGCCAGGGCUCCCCCACAAACAAGCGACUGCUGGAGGAGAGCGGGUGAGUUGUGUUUGGUCUCUUCGCUUAAAAAAAAACAGGCAAUGCUUAAAAGAUUUUUGAUGGCUAGUGCAGUGGCUGGAACCCUAUAUGUACCGUUGAUGAAGGUAGGUGCUGUUCUCAGCAUUAUUUGUGGCUAUAGAGUGGCUUUUUGGCUGAAGUUUGGUAUGUGGAGAUGUAGACUGCUGUGUAUUGCUAUCAUGCUGUUGUUGCUGAAGUUGGUAUAACUAGAGAAGCAAGCAGUCGGCAACAUUUAUCUCUUGAGAGGGUGUCCAACUUGGUGUUACGGUGUGUUUGACCCUAACUUAAAUUUACGCCAGAAUAUCCCUUUGAAAGAAGAACAUCUGACUGAAAUCUGAUAUAUGUUUCAAAAACACAUGCAGUUAUCUAGAUUUCAUUCCUAGAGUAUGUCCCACAAUGUCAGUUUUUUCAAAUAUCGUUGGGCCCUACCACAUAAGACCAAAAUGUACUAAGUAUUCGUAGUUUCAUGACUUUCAGCAAAAAAAUCCAGAUACUUGGAGAAUUUUGAAUUUUAACCACUUCAAUCCACUUGUUUUGAUAUGUGGACAACACUAGUGUCAAGAUUACAUCUAGUGAAGUUGAAGCCUUUACCACUCACAUCAGCUCUGUAAACGACAAAUUCACCAGUGAGGACAUAAAAGAAGACAAUCUGUUCUUUCCUGGAUUGUGCAGUAGGGGUGGGAAAGGAUGGAAGCCUCAACGUAGAAGUUUAUAGAAAACCAACCCACACAGAGCAGUAUCUACUGUUUGAUUCUCACCAUCCACUGGAACAGAAGUUGGGCUCCUCAACACAGGGCUGAGAACACUUACACUGAAGGCAAGGAGAAGGAACAGCAACACCUCAGGGGAGUCCUGAAAACACGUUGGUACCCUAAGUCGGCCUUCAUCAAGUCUGUAAGAAACUGGAGACCAACAGGGAAGAAGAGAACAACAACAAGCAGCACAGCAUUGUUAUUCCCCGCAUGUCUGGAGUAUCAAAGGAACUCAGGAGGAUCUUCCAGAAACACAACAUCCUGGUACCCUUCAAACCCACCAACACACUCUGACAGAGGCUGGUCCACCCUGAGGACAAACAAAGCAAUAUGUUGUAUGCCAUGAAAUGCACCUAACAUGCUAAGGACUGUUACCCCAGAGGCCAUCUUUGUCAAACCUAAGAAACCAUCUUUGAACAGAGGUGGCGGACUAAGACACUUCUUAUCCCCCACUUACAAUUCAGCUAUGGAGUCCUUUCAACAAAAAUCUAAACGAUGCUUUUGUGCUGGAUCACAGGCUCCAACAUCACACAAGUAUGACAAACCUGGAGGAACCCAGGAGGACACAUACCCAGGUGAAACCAGGUUAACAAUCAUGCUAAUGACUCUCAGGUGACCCAGCUGUAAACGUCUCUCAGGUGACCACCCUGCCCAUUUAAAGCUGGAGGACCAACAGAGGCAAAAAAUUUCCAACUUUCGCCCCAGUCACUUUAGAACUGAAGGGGCCUUUUGGAAGAGAGGAGGAACGUGUUCAAGAACCUCAAGCAAGUCCAGUUUCAACAUAGAAAUUGGAUUACCAUGACCUGGAUGAAUGAGAAGCUACUCAGACAACUUAUUGAGUGAAACUCUAAUUUGACUUUAGACACUUUGAUACAAUCAGGACCAGGGAAUAAAUUAUUCACAUGUAAUAAAUAAUGUUUGAUGUUGUGGCUCUGUUCUGAGAGCUUUCUGACCUUCCACAAGCCUAUGUGGAAUGCCAACUCUGAGGCAGGGAAAGCGCGCCUCCCCUCUGUUUCAUGUGCUAGCAGAAAAAGCUAAUGCAGGGAAAGCAGCAGCAAAGACCAAGGGUACAAAAAAGAGUAGAUUCAGUGACAAUCCAUAUGACCCUGUUAAAAGCAGACACAACAUAAAAAGGGGUGACUGGUAGGGUGUCAGCAAAGACGCGGGUAAAAUCAGACAGCGUUAAAAGGAAGAGGAAGGGUGGAGACAGGUUACAAAGUGGUUUGGAGAGGAAGCAGGAAGAGAUGUCAGGCUGAAGAUGUUCAAAAGGAACAACCUUUUUCACAUUUGAUGAUCAGCUGCGUAGGAGGUAACUAAGUUAAUUUUAUGCUGAUCUGGAGUUAAGAUUAGUAAUCAUGAGGGCUUCUGAACCUGUCACAUGAACCUCUGCGUUAGAGUGAUACCUGUUAAAAAAAAACUCAUGAUCAUGCUUUUUAAGUUUUUUUUUGUGAAAGUACAACAGAGAUAGAAUAAAAUUUGCGUACUCAUGUAUAUACAGUGUCUAAAAACCUUAUCAGGCAUUAAACUAUUUCAAAUAUUAAAGAGAAUAGUAAAAGGACUGUCUUUAUGUAACACUUUCUCUAAUCUUCUGACCACUUUACAUCACAUGUCACAUUCACCCUCUCACACACCUAUGGCAGAGACUGCUUUGUAUAGAGUCCAUCGUUUUUGGCUAAUUCCAUGUGGACAGCUGUAGGAUCAAACCUCCAACCUUCUGAUUGGGAAAUGACCGACUCUACCAACCAAGCCACAGCUACCCACAUGGAAUAACAAAGAAGAAGUGAUACCAGACGUGUGUCAGAUGUAUUUAAUGUUGAAUAUUUUGGGUGGAGCUCAUAUUCUAUACCAUGGCAACACUACUUUUAGCUUUUAUCAGGACUCUGUUGGGUGAGGCUCAGCACUUCACAUCCUGUUGUUAAUCAUUUCCUGGAAUCCCACCCCGUCUACACGUGAGGGGAGCAUGCACAGAGAUUUCUGAUCUGAAGUCAACACCUCCUGUUCCAUCAUCACUCUGAGGUGCAAUAACAAUAAAAAACAGAUUGAAGAGACUGUCAUCAGCACUUUACAAACAGAAGGCAGGCGGGCAACUGGUGGUGCAAGGUGCAAAAUACGUCAGCCAUUUGACGUGAGUUAGUAUUGGCCUGGUAUCUAAGACAGAACGUUAUAACCCCUUUAUGUUUACAAUUCAGGAUAUAUCUGGAUCCAUUCCACUGGAUAGAAAACAUUCUGUCUGAAUCUGCUGCAUGAAGUGUUUUGUUGCAAGGUUGUUUACUAGACAAAGUAGAUGAAACAGAACAAUGAAUGAUCAGGAAAAGGACCCUCCCCUUUACGUUUGGUAGAUGAAGAUCCUCUUAGAGGAAAAAGGAAAAAACACUUUAAAAUGCACUGUAAUUGCUGCUGAAGUUAUUCUCAGCCUUUGGCUAAAGAGAUCAUGUAUAACCCCACUUAUAAAACAGUUCACACAGUAAAAAUGUUAAUAGAAGACAAUAUAAAGGUUUGCAAAUCACAUAUGGCCCGUGCAUGAAGAUAAAAGUGCAAAACAACACAUUCAGUGUUGAAACUGAAAAAUGUUACUGUUUGAUGAAAAAUAUCAGCUCAUUUUCAAUUGGAUGCCAGCAACAUGUUUGUAAAAAAUUGUUAAAGGAACAACCAAACAGGUUGAACGGAAGGAAGAAAAACCUUCAAACCCUUAAGAUCAGUUUGAUCGACAUUUGCUUGUGUACUGGAGGAUGUGGUGGGGAGAUGUACACUGUGGGAGGUGGAGGCUGUUCUAUAAAAUAUGGAUCGUCCACUUUACAACACCUUAUGGACCAAAGGGCCGAUGGUGGUGGACGACUCCUCUCCUGCAGGACAGAAAGAUUCAGAAGAUCUUUUGUAUUCACAGCCAUCAGACUGUUUAAUUCUUCUGUAAAUAGCAGAUGACAUGAGACAUGAGACUCCAGACAAAUGAAUUUCCCUUUGAGGAUAAAUAAAGUUCUUGUAUUGUUUUAUUGUAUUGUAUUGUAUUGUUGACCCAAAUUGAAAUUGAUGUUGUACACUUUAAGUCAGGCUUGUGUUAGAACUGACUCACUUUAAGAGACAGUCUCCUGUGUCCACUGGAAAAACUACAGAUUUUGAGACACAAGCUUUGUCUUGCUUUAUCAUAUUACUUCUUGGAAAUCUACCAAUGGCAGCUUUGAGAAAAAAUAAAACUGACAGAGAUAUUCCAUUUUAUACAUGUUUUUGUCAUUUUUGUUGUUAUACAUCUGUUGUUAUGUUAUGUUAUGUUAUGUUGUUGUUCUGCAUCUAAUAGUGUGAUGUCCUCACAGGUCUCUGGGUCCUAUGUACUUUACCUAUGGAAUUGUGUUUGCCUGCGGCUGCUCUUUUGCCUACCAGCCCAGCCUGGUCAUCCUGGGUCACUACUUUAAGAAGCGUCUGGGCCUGGUGAACGGCAUUGUGACGGCAGGCAGCAGUAUCUUCACUAUCACGCUACCAUUUCUCCUGUCGGGGCUGCUGGAGAAAGUGGGCCUCCAGAACACAAUGCGCGUCCUCUGCAUCCUCAUGUUUGUGCUGAUGCUGGCUGGGUUCACCUAUAAACCCCUGCUGCCCGUCAAACCCUCCAACACCCGCACCAGCCGCUGCCCCCCCAUGAGUCAGAUCUUCAACGUUAACAUCUGGAAGUCUCUGGGAUAUCGUAUCUGGGCCUUUGGCAUCCCUGCAGCCCUCUACGGAUACUUUGUGCCCUAUGUUCACCUGGUAAGUUUGUGUUUGUAUGUUCCUGUGUUUGUCUGCUCUAUCAGAUGAUAACUGACCCUUACAUAAAGCACAUACUAAUGUUUGUGGAUGUGCUCAUCUAUGUGAGGGAUGAGAAGGUCAGAGCUGAGGUCAGCAAGAAGCUCAAAAGCAAAGAGAUCACAAUAUACAGCAGUAAUAUGAGUAUUAUUGACGUGGAAGGUGAGAGGAAGUCCAGCCAGGAUCAUACAGAGAUGGAAUAGAUUGUUGCCAUGAGGUUGUUUUGGACUCCUUCAGUCUGAUUCAGGGGGAGGUUUCAUAAGUAAGGACUAUAAAAGGGCUGGACACAUUUUUUGAUGUUUUUAAAGAAAUCUGUCAGGCAGUCGCUUUAAGGUUGGCUUAAAUUUAGUCUUAAUCAAGUCUCAGACACCAAAGACCAUUAAGAAUCGAGGAUCCUGUACAGAUGUCUUUUUUCAUCUUUGUUUGUAAUUUUUGAUGUUACCAUAUUACCAAAAAAAAUAGUAAUAAAAAAUAAAAACCCAAAAGAAACACCAAGGAAACCGCCCAACAUUUUUUUUUUACAUAAAGACAUUAAAACUAAACACCAAAAGGUUAACUACCGUCAUUUAGACAGAAAAUACAAAUAACCAAAUAAAACGAAUCAUCAAUAGUAAAGUAAAUCAAUUUGACAAAAUAGUCGUUUUGCUGACAAGCAUUGUAAUAAAAUAAAAGUAUAGUAAAACUCAUACUCAUACUAAUAAUUCUAAUGAUAGUUAUGUUAGUAGAAUAUGUCAAAAAUGAAUGACUAAAUAAAUACUUGUAAUAACAGAAAUAAUCCAGAUAAUCAUACAAAAUAAUUUAGAAAUAAAACAAGAUAGUUAUAAUAACAAAAAAGGAAAAAAGUGAUAAUUACAUUGGAGUAUUAGGGCCACAUUGAGAAUUUUUUUAAGACUUUGAGAUUAAAGUAGUAAAUUUAUUAGAAUUAAGUCGUAAACUCAUGAGAAUAAGGUUGUAAACUUAUAAGAAUAAAGUUGUAAAUUUAUGCGAAUAAAGUUGUAAACUAUGAGACUAAAGUUGUAAACUUAUGAGAAUAAAGUUGUAAACAUAUUAUGAGAAUAAGUCAUAAAGCUGCUUUUGUGGAGGGGGAAAUGGCUGGAACUGGUCAACAGGGUUAUGGUCUUCUCUGAAAAUUUAUCAUGUAUCUGAAUAAUCUCUCAUUACACACUGUGAGUCAGUGUGAUAUUGGUUCCUCUGUACAUGCUGGUAAAUCAUCUUCCUGUAGCCCAAUAACCACAGACUAAUAGCACUUGAUCAUUACAAUGCUCUUUCCAUCUAAACUUCUCACUGUAUUCAACUUUUUAUCACCAGAAGACAAAACUCAGGCCCUUCAUCCUCCUUAAGUAAGAUGCUCUCAUUGCUGCUACUACCAUGCUUGUUUGGCUGAGGGUGUACCUGUGCAGGUAGUCAGCAGCUGUCAGACUCAGCGGUAAGGUGUAUCAUGACACACACAUCCUGUUUUCCUUCAGAGCUCUUUAGGUAAAAAAAAUCAGACUUUUAAAAUACAUGAUGAGAGCUUACCUUAUGUUUACAUGCACAAACAUAAGAACCCACAUUAAGAACCCGAUCAAAACAUCUGUUUAUCUGCAGAGGACUCACACAUCUUGGAGUCGAAAAUGCCACAGAGACAAACUGAACACUGAUACCUUCAUGUUUUUUAGAUCAGUGCGAACACAUGUGGUUCAGUGAUGUGAAUGAGGAUGUUUUUCUCUGAAUGACCAACAGAGACUCUGAUAUUGAGUGUCAGUUUACUUACCUUGAGCAUGUAAAGGUACAAACUGUGGGUGUGAUAAUAGUAGAGGCUGUUUGCAUGACUCUAUCCCACAGACUGCCCGUCACAGCAGCAUGAGUCCACAUGGGAAGCUCAGCUGUGUGGUCCUGAUGAGGGUAACUAGAUGAACCUGGAGGACUGUGUCUGCAGCUCUGCUUUCAUUCACACUCUGCUUUCUAAACAGCUCAUAGUCUCCUUUAUUUCCCCUCUCUGACAUGGGAACAUGAGUUAAGAGAAAACAUCUUGGCAGGACAGCAGAGCAAGCUGGGACCAGCUGGACAGAAGGUGAGGUGUCUGUUUGUUUGGACACCGUUGACUUUGUUAUUGGAGGGAGAUCAGCCUGUCCCUGCCUGUGUUUUCCCAACACUUCUCCAGUGUCUGCUACUCAGACUGGGUCACUACAGGGGCCCGGCUGCAGUUCACCAUGGCCCAUUGGCCCAGCAGCCCCAGCAGCAUCCGUCCUCAGAGGGCAUGCUGUUGAUUUUUUUUGGUGUGGUGGUGGUGGGGCUGGCGCUGACGCAGCUGAGUGUGUUUUCACAGUUUCCUCAUCAAUCUGUGUGUGUCAGCAGACUGAGAGACUAAAGUCCAAACACACACUAAGGAGAGCUGCUGAUUGGUGAUAAGGUGCUGGCCUGCAGGUAUCCUGUUUGCUCUUUUAGCACAUUGAUAAAGGUGUGCUGUUCCCACAGGCAGGGUGGUAAAAGGAGAGGAAUUUACUCUCUGCCUAUUCUAAAAAAGGAAACUUUGAACUGUCAUGAAAAGUCUUCCUAGCUCUACUGAUCAUUGUGCAGAUCAUUCCAUCAAUCAUUGUAUCAAUCACUGCACAGAUCAUUGCACAGAUCUUUGCAUGGAUCAUUGCACAAUUCGUUGUAUGGAUCGUUGCAGAUGAUCAACAGUAAGCACAUGUGAGAUUCAAAACAAUCAGGAUCCUAUUAGACAGCAAUGCAAGACAUCUUUGGCAAGCAGCUUAAAGGGAUAUUCUGGCGUAACACUGAGUUAUACCACUUGUUUGAGAGGGAGCCCUGACGAGUCAAUCACGAAGUGCAGCGAAAAAUUUAUGAUAAUUACUCCAUGAAAAUUCAAUCAGACCGAGACGCUGAGGCAGAGGAACUACUGCAUCUGCAGUGCACAUACAAGAUACACAAGAACUCUAAUUGCAUUGCCAUGAAGUAAAAUCAUAAAUGUUCUUCCUUGAGCUGCGAAGCUGCUCCCCCACAAACAAGCGUCUGCUGGACAAGAGUAGGUGAGUUGUGUUUAGUCUUUUUGCUAAAGAAAUCAGGCAAAGCUAAAAAGAUGUGUGAUGGCUGGUACUAUGGCUGGGACCCUAUGUGUACUGUUGGUGAAGUGGCUUUGUGGUUGAGGUUUUUGGUUUGAGGUUUGCAUGUGGAGACAUAGACCGCUGUGUAUUGCUAUCGUGCGGUAGUUGCUAAAGUUGGUAUAGCUAGAGAAGCAAGCAGUCGGCAAAAUUCAUCUCUCGAGGCGGGGUGGGGAAAACUCUGUGUUACAGUGUGUUUGACCAUAACUUAAAUUCAUGCCAGAAUAUCCCUUUAAAUUAAGGUGUGGACAGGUGCAAAAGUGGUGUAUUUCUUUCUUGAGGGAGCAGGAAGGGUCUCCUUUUUGAGGUCAAAGUUGAAGCACUUUCCUUAUGAUCAGGGGAAGAAUUAGUGUGACUGUGAGAUGGACAUUUGAGUUCAUCAUGCUUUUUCUACUGCUGUUUACAAACAACCACACCCCCACUCAUUUAAGUAUCAGUGUGUUUGCUAGUGAAAUUAAGUUUUACAUUUUACAUGAGUUGACUUUAUCCUCAUACAUCAUGAUACAGAUAUUUUGAUGCAGCAGAUCUCUGGAUGCCAAAGAAUGAGGACACCAUCACCACUGUCUCUACACUCUCCUACUUCACUCAGCCCUGCACAAGCUAAAAACUGCUGCCUGAGACACCACUAACAGCUGACCUUUCAUUGACAUAAUGUGUUAAGCAUGUCAGUGAUCAUUAGAUCAUGUCUCAUACUGUGGGCAUGAACAAACAAUUCAUUCAUUCAGCUAUAAAAAUCUCAGAUUCCUCUGUCAUUUCCAUGCUAACAGGGCCUUUUUCUGGCACCCCUAAAAUGUACAAUUAAAGGAAGAGCCACAAUCAACAAAAUCAAGUAUAUUUAAUCCAAACAACAUCAGAGUGAACAUUUUUAAUGAAGCUGGGUUUUUAAACAGAGCUGACUGAUGAUGUGUUUGUGAUGAGGGGUUAUCUCCAGAUUGAUCAUCCUCUAUGUGAGCUCAGGCUGAGGGAUAAACAGCGAAGAUGCACAGUCAGACAGAAGGUCAGAGACCCCGAGUUAAGUCUGUACAGCUCUCUAUCACACAACUGCUCUUUGCAUUUGCUGCUUUUAUUUUUGAUGUAGAAACACGUGGCACAGCUCUGACCUGCAACCCGGCAAGGGAGCCUCCAGGUCAGAACAGACAUGAACUUUGAAGCAGCUUGAGAAAGAGACAGUGCAGACCAUCUGCUCUGCUGUGCAGUCGUCUUUUCCCAUCUGCUUUGCUGUGCAGUUUUUACUUGUCUGCUGAGAUGGAGGAAAACCAUCCAUCUCCUCAAACAAGUCACUUAUGAAUACACAACAACUGAAAACAACCUGACAAGAUCCCAGACAUAAAUUAAAGUUUUCUGUUUAUAAUCUCAGAGCUUUUAUAACAUGCACAAGACACAUUAUAUUUCCUAUUUGCUGCAAGAAUCUCCAGUUUUUUAAUCUGCAGUGCUAAUGCUCUGUAGUUUCUGUACUAAACCUCUGACAGUGGAUUGCACAGCAUGACUCACACUCAUCACGCACCAGCCUGAGUCCUGCACCAUAAACCUGUAGUGAGGAUGAUUCAUUUUUUUACAGAUGAAAUGUAUGCAGUGCUUGUUGGGACAACUCUUUGGCUCUGUGAAGUAGGUUGUUGCUAACAGCUGAUCAAGAUGCUGUUAUGUCAUACGUAGAUGUAGACUCAUCGUGUUUCUGCAGUGUUUGACUUUGUUUCUACAGGGUAUGCCCAACUCCUUCCCCCCUGCUGUUUGCAAAAAUAUCAAAUGCUCCUGUGUCUUUGUGUUCAGUUUUGCAGGCAGCUGGGUGAUUUUUUUUGUUAAUGCUGAUAUUUUUCAUUUGCAUCAUGUAGUACAGCGUCCUCUGCCACCUAGGGGCUUUGCUUCACACUGCAGCACAGAGGACGUGCCUUUAAAAACUCUCAUCACAGAAUUUGUGACCUUAUUGGUUUUGUAUUUUGCAUCUCUGCAGGUAUAAGCAAGCAUGCUGAUUUUUCAUAAAUAUACAGCUUUACUUGCCGGGACACAUCCUACACACACACAUUCCUACUGAGCAAGUGCAGGCCUUAUCCACACACACUUCCCCUUGUUAUCCAAUUCUUAAGUUCUCACGGCUUAAAGCUGAAUAUGUUCUUAAAAUGACCUUAAAAACUGAAAUCAAACUAUUUCACUUUUAUAAACAGCAAACGCUUAAAAGUAACUGACUGGUCUAUGAUGUGAUUUUUGCUGUUCAUCCACAAGCCAGGUUCUAUCAAGAAUGCAGCCUUAUAGCUGUUUUAUGAACAAUGUUAGUGGCAUAGCCUUUUCCCCCUCUUACUGCUCUCUGCCACAGAGAGGGUAGUAGUCUGAUUUAAAAAUGCAGUUCUGCGAAUGUAUUUGCUCAUGCUGCAGCUCUGGUCCUCAGAGCAGGACCCUGCUGAGCACUAAACAUUGUGCUGCGAGGCAGCGUGUCAUCCAGAGGUCUGAUAGAUGAAUGAGUGGCCAGCCAGAGGGUCUGAGAAAGACUUGGGAGGGCAGCAGACAGACGGACAGACAGACAGGGUCAUUGUGGAGGACUGCUGCAGCCUGGAGGUGGAUGUGGAUGGUAGAACUCCACCGACAGCAGGCCCUCUUUUCUCUCUCCAACUGUGGGCCUCACUGUUCAGUGCUUUGGGAGGCAGUGUAGAGUUGCAAAGAACAUCUGGACUGCUUUUCUUAGACUGCGAGUGGAAACUAGUGGUCACUGGCAGCGAGGACAAACCAGGAAUGCUGAAAUAUGAACAAGCUGUAUAACCCUCAAGAUGAUUGGUUGGCUGUGCCGUCACAGAGAAAAACUCCUCUGUAAAAAAAAACUGAUACAGUACUGAGUCCUUAAAAUCAGUACAUGAACCCCAGCCAUAACUUAACACAGUAAACAGGCAGAAUAUUGUGCAAGUUAGCGAUGGUACUGUGCAUUCCUGGCAUAUCAAGUAUCACAGACCUCCUCCUGACCUCUAUUUUUGUCCGUUUGUCUGUUUUAAACUGUAUUUUUGAUCUUCCUGGAUCCGAGCUAUGUGUAAUUUGUUUCCAUCUGCUCUCUCUCUGACCUGAGAUGAAACAUGUGGAGGAGCGUUUUGGAAUGGACGCCAACAAAGAGGUCCUGCUCAUGUGCAUCGGCAUCACAUCCUGCGUAGGCCGUCUCAUCUUCGGCAGGGUGGCAGACUACGUUAACGGGGCCAACAAAGUCUACCUUCAGGUGGGUGAGAAAAACAUAAAUCAAAACUGAGAUGUUAUGAAGUUCUUAAUCCUUACUCAACAAAAACAACAAUGGUCUGAUUCACAAAACAGAUUGCACUCAUCUUGCACAAAUUAGAUCUGCAUACAAGUCAUAUCCACAAAGUGAAUGCAAAGGGUUAAAGACUCCACAGUCUGCUGCAGAUCAUCUGUGUGCUGGUGGUAUUUGUGUAUUAAAUGAGCCAUAAUGCAUUUAUUCAGAAACUGUCUAAAAUACAAACUCAGGUGCUGACAGUCCCAUACAGUCAGAGUGAUAUCUUUACCAUCUGCUGCUGAGAGCCGGUGGUAAUUGCCCUACAGUAUUCAUAAGAGCUUUCAUGCUCAAACUUUUUAUUGAGAGAUAACUCCACCUCUGCAGGGUGAACCAAAUAUAUAUAUUUUCAUCUCUGUGCAGAAGAGAGAGGAGAUGCUGACAGCUCACCUCACCAGUAAGACACAAAAAUGAGAGCAGAGUGCAAAGGGAGAGAGCUUUGGGGUGUGUUUGGACUUGGAUAUCUCAUACUUAAAUGGAUAUUCUGGCAUAAAAUUAAGUUAUGGUCAAACACACUGUAACACCGAGUUAGACACCCCCCCUAGAGAUAAAUUUUGCCGACCACUUGCUUUCUUUAGCAGAGAGACUAAACACAACUCACCCACUCUUCUCCAGCAGCUGCUUGUUUGUGGGGGAGCCCUGACAAGUCGAUCACCGAGCGCAUCGGAGUUUCGCAGCUCAAGGAAGAACAUUUAUGAUCAUUAUUUCAUGGAAAUGCAAUCAGACUGAGACGCUAAGUCAGAGGAACUAUCGUGUCUGCAACGCAAAAUGGUUAUGAUGAUUUUUACUUCAUGGGAUGAUCCGCUGCACUCCCACAAACAAGCGGCUGCCUAAGUUAGCUGCUCUUCUGAGCAUUAUUUGUGGUUAAAUAGUGGCUUUUUGACUGAGGUGUGUGCAUGAAGACUUAGACCGCUGUGUAUUGCUAUCCUGUGGUCGUUACUAAAGUUUGUGUAACUAGAGAAGCAAGCAGUUGACAACGUUCAUCUCUCAAGAGGGUGUCUAACUCGGUGUUAUGGUGUGUUUGACCAUAGCCUAAAUUUACGCCGUAAUAUCCCUUUAAUAAAUUUCGAGAAAGAGCAGACAGUGAAAGAAAAUCAGUGAGUUCCCUCUCUCAUUUCCUCCCUGUAACAUUAAGCAAGUUACUUUUUUACACUUCUUUGAUUUUAGGCUGGUUUUCUAGUUUAUAGAUCUGUAUAUGAUGAUUUAGAUAUAUUGUAUACGUUAUAUUUUCUUAUUAUAAAAAUGUUAAAAUAAAUGACAAGAUCUGAAAAGAGGGGAGGUAGUUUAUAGAUGUUUGUGUGGUGACACUUGCACAAACUAUCAGAGAGAUAAAUUAACUGAGAAUAGAUCACAUCCAAUAAUGCCACAAAGUUUUCACCCUUUGUAUCAAACUGUGUGACAGUGGAUCAUUUUACAGACAAUUUUUAAGUUACUGAUAUAUUUUUGUAUUUUAUUAAUAAGAUUUAAAACAGAAGCUCAUGAUGUUGUUUUUGUUUUUAAUAGAUGUUCCUUUGAAUGAUCUGACUGUAAACUGGUUAUCUGCACUCUCUAAGUCUGCUUAUCUUUAUGCAUGAACACAGCCCGUCUUGCACUUUGCCUAUUAAUGAGCUGUCCAACUGACAUUCACUGCAGAUAGUUGUGCACUGCUGCUGAUUCCUGUCUGUAAGAACAGCAGUUCAGAGCUGCAUAUCCGACACAUGUAAAGGAACACACUGUCCUUCAUGACACAUUCAGGAUUUCUCAUUCCUUCCAUGAGUUUAAUGUUAACCUUUAACGGUUUUAAACCAUCUUAACACAUUUUAAACACACAGACAGUCAAGUAGAAUGAUCAGAAGUGGUUUCAGCUGGCCUCUGAAAACUCUCUGAAUCAGCAUUUAGUCGACCCUGUGACGAUCAUGUGAUACUAAAACCCCAACUUCUGUUGAGCUUGAGCAUACUUUUUUUUUCCCCUGAUGAGAAACAGUUUAAACAUAAACAUGUUUAAAUAAAGAAGUUUUUAAAAAGUUUCAGUUUUUAUGUGAAUCCUCUCUGUGCAGGUGUCUUCCUUCUUCGUCAUCGGCCUCAUGUCUAUGAUGAUCCCUCUGUGUAACAUCUUCGGUGGGCUGAUCGCUGUCUGUUUGUUGAUGGGCCUGUUCGAUGGCUGCUUCAUCUGCAUCAUGGCGCCCAUCGCCUUCGAGCUGGUAGAGCCGCAGGACGUGUCUCAGGCCAUCGGCUUCCUGCUGGGCCUGAUGUCUGUGCCCAUGACUGUGGGCCCCCCCAUUGCUGGUAAGAGAAAAACAGCCUAAAAACUGUUAAAGGUCUCAGAUACUAGGCUGGAGGGUCAGGGUUUGAAGACUCAUCAUCGGCAUUUUAUAGGGGCACCAACUUCCAGGUACUCUGGACCCACUAGUUUAAAAAAUUUCAUUUGAAUCAGUGAAAUCAUGCUACCCCAAAAACCCUGUGGUCUUAUGCACAGGUUAGAUUUUUUCUUCACUUUUAGGUUUCUGAACCUUUUUUCUUUGGAACUUUUUGAUUGAGGCAACAUAUUUAAAAAAGGUCUUCAAACUUUGUUUUAGUAGCGUUAGUUCAGUACCUUUUUUUCUACUUGUAUCUCAUUUUUCUUAUUAAUUUGUCCAUUGAUCUGACAAUUAAGUAUAUUUUUCUCUUUAUAACUGUUUUAUAUCUCAGUAGUUGAAGACUCUUGGACAUGUCAGCCUUUUUUCAUGUUUCCGCGUGUCUUUUAGUUUGUAGCAUCUUGAGGAUAAAAUUCCAAAAGACGGUGUUGAACUGAAAACAAAGCUCUUGUAUAACUUUAUUUUAGUGGUUCUGAAACAGAUGAAGAGUUGCUUGAGGAUGAACCAUAGUCCUGCAGAGCUUUAAGUCUGUCUCAGACACAGUCAGGUAUAUAAAUGGGUUUAGCACCACCUACUGUUGGCUUUAGCACCAUGCAGCUGUUCAAUAUUCAAGGUGCUGAUACAUACACUGUUUCCUGUCUGUAGAAGCUGUGUUCAGCUGAGGUUAUGUUCGCUCUGUGGGGUCGGCAUCAUCAUCAGGAAUGUGUACUCGCUCAUGUGGGCAUCAUGUCCAUAGGGUUAGACUGUCUGAAACACAAUAACUCCAUUCAAAGCGGGUUAGUCUGUGAGAUCAUUCGAUAAAGUAUUCUGACCUGCAGAGGAAACCUGCAGCAAAGAAGUUAUGUGAGGUGAGAACUGUGUGAGGAGGAUGAAACAGCAGAGUAACACAAAGUAAAGACGCUUUGAUUCAGAUCUGCCGUUUGUGUGAAGUGUCCUGAAAUGAACAGAACAUUUAUUCAUAUAAGUCAACUGAUUUAUUAGUAUAUAAAACAGGACAUGAAUUCAGUAUAUACAGUAAAUCAGAUAAGUAAUAAAAUUCAUAGUCAGCAUUGGAGAAGAGCAAUUCAAACAGAAAUACAACUUCAUUCAUAGCCAGUGAGAAACAUUCAGUGAUUAUUUCAGGAGUUGCUAACACUUAAUACGAACCCACUUGUUAUCAUAAUGACAUUAAUAAAACAUAAUAAAUGCUUUGAUUGGCUUCAUACUAAAUGAUAAGUGAUAAUAAGCGUUCAUGAAAACUUACAGUAAGGUUAGUGAAGUGCAGGCAGUGAACAUCUUGUCUUCUGACGUUAUGAUUUAUAGUGUAUUAUCACUUAAUGCAAAACUCGAAACAGUGCCAGCUUCUCACAACUUCACCCAGUUAUAAAAGUUCAGAGACCUGAUUCAGUGUCCAAAAAAACAAUUGUUGCUACAGGCUUAUUAUUACCUGUAGUCCCUGACAGGUUGGUGGUAAACAUAUAUAGAUUUACAUCAAACAUAAAAAACAAAUAGGGUGGCACAGUGGUGUAGUGGUUAGCACUGUCGCCUCACAGCAAGAAGGUCCUGGGUUCAAAUCCAGGUCAGGACGUUUCAGUGUGGAGUGUUCUCCCUGUGUCUUGCGUGGGUUUACUCCGGGUACUCUGGUUUCCUCCCUCAUCCCAAAAACAUGCAGAAGUGGGGUUCGGUUAAUUUGUCACCUUCAAAUUGCCUGUAGGUGUGAGUGUGGAUGGUUGUUUGUCUCUGCAUGUCAGCCCUGUGAUGAACUGGCGACUUGUCUAGGGUGUCUCCUGCCUUCACCCCAAGAGGCUGGGAUAGGCUUCAGCCUCUCAGCGACCCCCAACGUGAAAAGAAGUAGAAAAUGGAUGGAUGGAUAAAAGCAAAUAGACAACAAGCUUAGAGCAAACAAUAUAAACUACAUUACUUUACAAAGACACACAUACAGCACAUCAGUAUAGAAGGUGGCUUUACUACUUUUUUGUUUCUCUUUCAUUAUCCUCAUUGUUUGUGUUACAAUUCUUAAUGGAUUUUUGAUGUUACUGUUGUUGUAUAUUAUGUUGCGUGGCUGUCUUGGAUACAUUGUGUUUUGAGUUUGUUGAACAGUGUCUAAUAAGCCCAUGGGGCUGGGCACCAAUUUUGGUGUAUGACACUUAAAUAAAAUUAUCAAAUCAAAUCAAAUCAAAACUAUACCCAGAACAAACUAGGAAUAAAGUUUAAGUGCUACAGUGAUCGUAAAGGUGUUGGGUUUCAUCGCACAUUCGCCCUCAGCCCGUCAAUUUUGAGUACUAGAGUGAAUGUUGCACACAAUUACACACAUAAACAGACAUGUUUAUAUAUGCACUGUGGCACGGGGAUAGCAAACAGAGGUGUUAAUGUGUGUAAUGUCGCACUAGAGUUGCAAAAGCUGCAAGUUUCCCCUCUGUGUAGUACAGAAAGGCUUUGUCUAAUCUUAUCUGACUCUGAUCCACAGGAUAUCUUCAUCUUAAAUAUUUUUUUCUUUAUCAGAAUCAGAAUUAGAAAUUCUAUAGACAUCAUUUGCUACAAGUUGGAACUUCUCUGCUGCUAAACUCAAGAACUUUUUAGUGAAUGUUAUUUGAGUAUUUACCUGAAUGGCUCUACAGCAUGUAAUAAUACUGUGUAAUAUUAGUGUUUAUACUUAUACUGUUUACCCUUCUGGAUAACUUCCACAAGUUUCCAUCGGUUUAGAUAAGAGGCUGAAAGUUAUCUUAUGUGACAUGGAGCUUCCUGAAGAAAACAAACAGAGGAGGAGUCUGCUCUCAGUGAACUGACAUAUCCUUUUCUGCAGCAGGAUCUGUGAUUGUUGGACGGGCCUCAUAUUGACCCAAAGCUGACAGUCAGUGUGGACAGGAACAUCAUGAGUCCACAGCUCCUCCAGAAACUCUAACCCCGUCUUUGACCCUCUGUCUGCAGGCUUCCUAAGGGACAGGCUGGGAAGUUACGAUGUGGCCUUCUACCUGGCAGGCAUCCCUCCAAUCAUUGGUGGUGCUGUGCUGUGUCUGAUCCCCUGGGUGGUGGCCCGGCGCAAGAGGCAGGAGAAGGAAGCGGAUCUCAGCAAAGAGCAGGGCGUCACCGAGAAGAUGAUUGAGGGCGAGAAGGCGCAGGGAGAUCCUCUAUCUAAAACAGGAGAGUCUGUCCUUUAA